CGCAUGUAUCCGCUCAGCUCCUAUAGAACACCCACGUAUCCAGCCGAGUAAGAAGUAACUUACACUUGAAAAUGAGUGUUACUUGCUGGUGGGAAGCUGUCUAGCCAAUGAACGCCUCCGAAACAGCUCCCAAUAGGAGUCAACGCGGGAGAGCCAAUCAGCGAGCGGCUUGCUUGACUUGCUGGAGUUGAAGCUGUAUUUGUCCUGGUCGGAGAACAGUCCGAGGUGGGAGUGAGGGGCUCUGCUGUUUGGGUCUGCCUUCUGUCCGCCUUCACAAAGCAACCCCCCCAGCCCCGCUGACACCCUGCAGACUCCACAUUGUACACAGUGAGCCUGAAUGUAAUCUGCGAGCGAGCUCUCUCACUGGGUUUGUUAUUGUGCUGUGUCUGGAGCUCACUACAAGCAGAGCUUUCUUCACCACUGCACCUUCUGUUGGAACUAGUCUUCUGGCAUUCUAAGGACCUCUAGACCUGCUCCUGGGACACGGUAUCUGACAUUCUAAGGACCUCUGGACCUGCUCAUGGGACACAAUAUCUGACAUUCUAAGGACCUCUGGAUCUGCUGCUGGAGAAAGUCCUCAGUCUAAGGACCCCUAGUUGACCAGGUCUUCUGGCAUUGUAUGGACUCCUGGACAAGUCUUCAUUCUAAGGCCCUUUGGACCUGCUGCUUGGGCAAGUCAUCUGGCAUUUUAAGGACCUCUGGACCUGCUACUGGGACAUAACUUCUUGCAUUCUGAUCAUUGGACUUCUGCCCUCCCCAGCAUUUCGGAAACUUACCCCAUGUGCUAAUCUGAAGGAUUGAUUCCACAUAGCGCAUCCAUAGGGCUCUCCUGGAACUCAUGAUAAACAGAGCAGCCCCUCUGAGGACUCUUCCCCAAAGGUUAUGGAGAUAUCAAUAGUAUCUGGUGCAUAAUAUCAUAAGCUAAUUAUUGGGAAUCGUUCUAUUUCCUACACAGUUCUUGUAGAUACAGUGCAGAUCAUUGAACAUGCAGUUCUCGCUUGGAAGGAGGUUUUCGUUGCUAGGUCUCCUGAAUGUCACCCUUAUCUUUCACCUGUUGAUCGGAUCUUGCCAAAGUUCAACUACCCCAUGUCCUUCCAACUGCACCUGCUCUGGGGAACUAGUGGACUGCAGCCACCAGGGGCUUACACAGCUACCACAUGACCUCCCAUCCUGGACAGUCCAUUUGUAAGUUCUGACAAAUUGUCCGCAGCAUUUUAGUAUAUGAUCCACUUAAUUAGCCAAUUAGUAAUCAUAAAAAUAAAUAAAAUUAAAUUUAAAAAUCGACAUAUUGUGUUCAAUAGAAUUCUAAAUGUAUAUAAUUCUUUUAAAUAAUAGCUAGAUAUUCCACACACCAUUUAUUUAAAAAAAAGAUCAUUGUUUUUUAUUACAGCAUUUUUCUUUAUUAUUCAAAAGUUUUUUUAAAACAACUGUCAUUAUUGAAUCCCUGUGAUUUAUGCAUAAUGAAGAAGAGAGGAAUAGCACACUGUAUAUAUUGUAUUUUCUCAUAACUGAUAUCAUUGCUGCACCAGGUGUUGUGUAGUGUUUGGACUUCUGCCCAGUAAUCCUCCAUAUACCUUCUUAGAGUAUCACUAUAUAUUUCUAUAUUAUUUUUUAAUUUUUUUUGCAUUUGGAAUCCUGGGAAACACAUGUUGCAAAUUGGAGGAUGAGAAGUUAUUGCUAAUAAGAUUAGAUUGUCAAAGGCUGGGCUAGAAAUAAAACUAAAAUACAUUUUUGGUGUAGUUAAUUUGAACUGUAAUGAUAGUGGCUUGGCUUUAGUAAAUAAGUAAUAAUAGUAACGUGUGUUAUUUUUAUUAUAGAUGAUGUUAUUAUAGAAACAUAGAAUGUGACGGCAGAUAAGAUAUUAAUAUGGAUCCUUAAAUUACACUGAUAUUACAAAUCUGGGACCUUACAGCCUUGUCUCCCAGACUUCGAAGCUUAGUUAGUUGCUAAACCAUGAAUUGUUGGCAAUUGACAAGGGCUAUUGAAAUUUAAGGCAUACAUAGCCAAAAUAGAACAUUUCUUUCAGCUCAACUAUUUUGGUCUAAAACUUGAAAUUAUCUACAAUUCACAGUUAAGUUAAAAAAAAAAAACUCUAUAGCUUGUGAUUUAUUUAUUUUAAAUAUUCUGUGGUUUGUUGCUGUUAAGUUAGAUUUUUCUUUUAUCAUGUUUAUUGUGUUUGGUACAAAGAAAAAAAAAAUCAUUAUUUUCAAAAUCUUCUUGUGGCAGUCAGAAAGAUAUUGAGCUAACAUAAGCCAAUUCUGUGAUCAAAGAUUUGAAUUGGUAACUUUUUUCCUUCUAUAUCUAAAUAUUUGGCACAUAUUCAGACUGUCCAUGCAUUUUUUAAUAAUGGUCUGAGGAAUGACUAGGCUGUAAUUGUUUAAAUCUUUAAUUAAGCAGGUUAUAUCAGGAGUAGACUAUUUGGAUUAUUCACUAAAGUGAGAUUUGUCCAGUAAUUGAAAGUGAAAUUUAAGGCCAAAAUAGCCGCUCUGGAAACAUUUUCCAAGUCAGCUGUUUUACCAGUUGAGCUUCUUUGGCCUUUAAUUUCUAUUUUACUUUAGAUUCCCAUCAAUUCUUCAUAUAGUGAGUAGCACUGUAUAUUGUGAAUGCAUGUGGCAUUGGUUGCUUUUCCAAGACAAGUGGCACAGCUGUGAAUGUCACAUUUCUGUUGGUUUAACUGCCUUUUAAAGGCAAAUGGUACAGAGGGGGAUUGUGGGUAGUUGCAUCUGUAUUUCACAAAGUCAUUUUAACAGCAUGACUUACUUUGUCUGGGAAAAGUUCAACACUUUUUAUUAACUCUUUGUGUCUAAGAAUUCUGAGUAUUUUUUUAACAGCGAAGGUUGUGAAUAUUUUGUGAAAAGUUUAAUCCUAUAUUAACUUUUGUGCGUCCUCUUUAAACAUGGUGCAAAAGCUGAAACUUAUGGGAGUUGAAGUCAAUUUCUGUAGUGGUUGUAGUGUUCUAGAAUUACGUUAAAUAUUUUUUUUUAAUUCGAAAUGGAAGUCACGUUUUGCCAUGUUUAUCUCCUCCUAUAUAUAUAUAGGAUAUAUAUAAUAAAUAUAUAUAUAUAUAUAUAUAUAUAUAUAUAUAUAUAUAUAUAUAUAUAUAUAUAUAUAUAAAAAAAAAAUUAUAAAUAGAAUUAGUCCUGUUGAUAUAUAUUUAUAGGAAACACUUGUGGGCAUUGAACAGUAAUAAAGAUCUGACAUUCAAAUUUAACUCUAAAUUGACCAAUAAAGUUAAUCACGCCCAUCUCUGCUAAAGUCACACGUUAAGUAAUAGUAGUUUUAGAAACUGCAAUCUGAUUUACAGAAUGUAGAUUAACGCAGAAGUGUCAAAAAUAAAUCUCUAAUUUAGCAGUAAUAAGGUUCAUUCCCAAUUCUGUUUUGGCCUGAAGGUCGAUUAGUACAAUUCAGUUUAGUGACUAUAACCUCUGUUUGUUUGGAACAAGUUAUGCUCUUUUCAUGAAUGAAAAAUCAAUCUGAUAUCUUAUUUAUUUUGCCUCUGGUGUAUAAAACAGAAAUAAAGUCAUCUUAUUAUGUAGAUGGCUCCGCAAGAAUAGUUUAAUGAGGCAAAAUUCACUAUAUAAUAUUUGUUUAACAUGAGCUGUGAACUUUUUCUUUUCCAAAGUAGACAUAUGUCUCAUGACAGGGAUUCAGACUUAUUUUUUUUUUUUUUCUUGUAAUGCAAAAUAAUUUUUUUGUUUUUUUUAAAAUUAUUAUUGUUACUGUAAAUAAACAAUUAAGUUAAACUUAAAAUGUAAUUAGAAACAUGCAACAUCCAUAUGUAUUGGUUACAUGGGCAUUUCAUAUAGAAAUUCUCUUAAAAUUUGCUGAUUACAGUACAUGUGCAAUUUGGGUCCAUGUAACAUACAACAUGUAAGGUGUGACCUCACUACACCUGUUUAGCCACAGGAAGAAAAGGUGAUUUACAACACUCCUACUGUAUAGGUUCUAACGUUGACCUCUAGUGAAACUUUCCCAAAAUCUAUUGCCAAAGUAAUAAAGAUGUCACCUGUUCUUCUACGAUCUUUGGUAUUCUAAGUUCAUUAAGAAAUUGAUUACUAAUGCAGACAUAGUUUUUUUUUUUUUUUCUGAACACUUAAUUAAAACUUACAUGCCUAAUGUGCAGAUGUGAAGUUGGUAGAUAUUUUAUAAAUCUGACUUUUUUUUUAUUUAUUUUUUAUAUCAGUGCAAAUUUUUUUUUUUUGUAUACUUAGAACCCUCUGAAAUAUAUUUACAAGUAGCUAACACUGUAACCAUAACAAAGGGAUUUGUUCAGUAACAUUUUAUAAGCAAAUUGAAAAAUCGUACUCAGAAAUGACAGGGCUGGAAAAGCAGCUGAGUCGAAUCUUUCAAUUGCUUUUCUAUGACCCAACAUCUGCAGUUCUCUUAACAAUUCAACACAGUACACUGUUUAUUCAAUAAACAAUUAUGUAACGCAUUGUAAAAUGGUUAUAUGUUUUAAGAGUACUCUUGUGGUUGUGUAACUAAAUUUUAGGAUUAAUUUAAUGGCAGAUGAAACACAUUUAGUAAUAUUGGGCAAUGCUCUAGACUAGAGAACAUUGUCCUUUUGUUAGGAAAAGCAAAAUAAUCUUUAACAUUUAAAGUCUGUACUAAACAGUGUGCAAGCAGGGAUUGGAAACUUUAAACAAGUUGCUAUCGUAAACUCUGCAACCAAGUACUCCGAAUCUAUUACAACAUGCAGACUGGAAAUCCUAAUUCUACACAUUUUUAAGGUUACUUAUUAAGCAGAGAAUUGCAAAAGUUAGAAUAAAAUGCUAAAUUGGAAAUGUUAUUUUUACAGUUCAGCUAGUUUGGAUCAAACAUGACACUUCUGUUGCCAGUUUAGUAAGUUAGAGAUUUAGAUUGUGUUAUAUAUUUUUUUUUUUUUUUAGUUGGUUUACCUAAAUUACCAAUUAUUUCCUUUUUUUUCUUUUCUUUAAUAUAUGUUAAUUUUUUCUGACCUAAAAUACUUAAUUUUUAAAACGCCAAUCUUAUUUCUGACCCAAGGACAAUUUAUUAGAUGAUGAAAACCCAUGAUGUUGGAAACUUAUCUGCCCAUUUUAACUAACGUUCAAUACUUGCAAUAUGCUGUACAAAAUCUGUUUCUCCAAAAGUAAUCUUAUUGUUAUUCAUAGUCUGUCCCUCUGGAUUAUAUAUCUAUUUUAUUGUUUGGUUAAACCCAUCUAGAUUAAGAACUGCUCUGGACAGUUUAUUUUAAAGGAGUUUUAUUGUAAGUGAAGCAGAGAACUUGUAUAUUGAUAUAAAUAUAUUCUUCAUUUUAAUUGGUCAGCUUAGUGGUUAUGUCAGUGUUGGCUUAACCAGAUACCACAACUGGUUUGUUUCCAGUAGUUUUUGCAGUACUUUUAACUUAGAGGGCUUUCUGGCAUAGAGUUCUCUCAUUCAAAGUUCAACAGGCAGUAAGAUAGCUUUUUAAUUGCCAUUAGUAAACUCUUUAUGGUUAAUAAUCAGGAUUGAUAUUAAGUUUCUAGUACAAUAGAUAUAUUACUGUUUGUAAACUAAUGUUCAAAAAAGUUAAGAUACAGUUCAUAGUAUUUUCACUUGUAAAGUGACUGGUUAGUUUACUAAAUGUACAGACAUUGCAGCUGGCUUUCAUAAUGUGGUUGAAAUAGUCAAAUAGCUUUUGUCAAGUCUCUUUGAAAGUCACCUACUGCAGUUGAUUCUCACUUUCUUGCGUGUAUGAAGUCUUUAAUAGUUCAUAAUCAGUAAGUGAAAGCCAGACUUCUGUAGAAUCCUCAUGCAUUGUGGGUAGAGGCAAUAUGCAGAAGUUCAUUGGAUCCCAUUAUACCCAGGGGUAAUUGGUCCCUAUGUUCCAUAACAAAUGUGGGACUUUGUUUUGGCUGAUAAUGAGGGAUUGUGUGUAGGUGCCUCUGUUCCUUUCUACUAGACUAACGAAGAGCUCUGGUACCUACAUACGUUUUUAUAAACCCACAGGAUACUGGGUGGGAGUUAAAAAUGUGUGUGGGGGUCCCUGGGAUUCUUGCUAAACUAGGAGGGAUCUGUAGGCUCCCUCUUAUCCUAUAAACCCAUAAUGUAGUAGGGUGAUCACUGUUUAUGUCCAUAUAUUCCAACCCCCUGGCCCUUGGUGUCCAUUACCCCUCCAUUAGUCUCCCUUCUACCGUAUCACUUUCUUAUCCUCUAUGCUCAAGAAUAGGGGGCACCCUGCUAUCUCCAUACGAAAUGAGAGUAAACAUAUGCAGGGAGUGGUGUUACCCCUGCUCCUACCCCAUCUCCUGUGCUUUGAGAUAGGGCAACAUGUUUAAAGGAUUUGUGUCCUUUUUCCAUUAUCAUUGUAUGACUGACAUUGUUGCCUCCUCUAUACUCCCACAAAUUAGUGACGUAUCGGACCUCUUGAACUGUCCUGAUCUGACCUUGUGUUUUCAUUUUUUAUUUUUUAUUUUUCUUGGGUUUUUCCUUUUCUAAUUCUACUUCUUUUUCAAUCAUCUUUCUGUUAACUGCUUGUAAAGUUAAAAAAAAUAAAAUAUAUAUUCUCUCAUCAGCAAGUAGAGUGGGUUUGGUAGCACUUUAUUGCAACAAACAGAAUAUAUGCACAUUGUAUUAAAUUAUACGAAAAUCUUGUUAUACCCCUCCUUUUCAUUCAGCGCUCUCCACGUUCAUUAUGUUCUGUGUAAAGUGAGUAACAUAUAUAAUGUAUGCAAUAAUUAGGGUGACCUGCCAAACAAAAGAUACGAAUCUCUGUGAGAGAAAAGGUAGAACACAUAUCUGCUUUCAAUCCUUUUCAGGUUUGUCCAAACUAGAUAAGCAGAAAUGACCACAUAGUGUCUGGUACAUGACAGAUUUCCAGACUCUGAAACAAAACUAAUAUUUAAGUGCACUUGAUUCCCUCUAAUACACACUGUUCUUUUGACAUACAUGUGUUUGUAGACAUCAAGAUUACUCCAUAUCUUGCAUAAUAUACCAUAAUUUAUUUCUGUAUUUUCAUGAAUUGCAAACUCCAGUCCUGUCCUAAUGUGUUUUACACCCCAUCUCCUAUAGAAUGUAAGCUCGAUUGAGCAGGGUCCUCUUCAACCUAUUGUUCCUGUAAGUUUAUUUGUAAUUGUCCUAUUUAUAGUUAAAUCCCCUCUCAUAAUAUUGUAAAGCGCUACGGAAUCUGUUGGCGCUAUAUAAAUGGCAAUAAUAAUAAUAAUAUGAAUUGGGGGUUGAUUAAUCAAGAUAGAACAAAAAAGCGUAUAGCAGGGCCAACGUCCUAACAGUUGUACAUAUAGUGAGAAAUGCACACAUACUAUAAGAGACCAUUUCCACUGGGUUCCUCCAUGGAGGGAGGUUAAAUCACAAACCCACACUGGAAAAUUCUAAAUAACCCAGGUACAAAUAAUGAGAAAUGUACAAAUAGUGACAAAUGCACAGACUGGACAUCCUAAAAGUUAUGAGAUAUUUUGUUGGGUGUCCCUGAAUUGCACAAUGUUAUUAAAUGUGUCCCUUUCCUUUUCCAUAUUUGCCAUCUUUGUCUGCUGUCUGACCACUUUAGGGCUCGGCGGGUGCAAAUAAUCUGUUGUUUUUGGAAAAGAUAUUGACGAUAUCUAACUAGGCUAAUAGGGGCUUACAGAAAAAAAUAGAGCAAUAGGGGCGUUUUACAAACACCUUUUGUUGAUACUUUACAUGAAAACUUAACAUUGUUAGACUUUUGGGCUUUAGUCUCAACCACAUGCUCUCCAGCCCUAGUAUAGCUAGUACUAUUUGCAAGAAGUAUUUAUUUGCCCUCCUAUUUAAAUGUAUUCCAAAAAUAUAUUAUUUAUUAUGUAUAUUCAUAUUAUCUAUAAUUCAGGAUGCCAUGAUUUGGUUUAAAUUAAUCCUAAAAAGGUUGCUAUCAUUUACUAAGUGUGUGCAAGCUCUCUGUACUGCUAUUAAAGCUGAAUGUUUUGAAUAUAUUGUGGCAUUAUAUUUGAGACUGAACAACAUGAGUUUUGUAAAUAAUGACACAAGUGGAUAUACAGCACCAGAUUAACACAUGUUGAAGGAGAUGUGAAUAGGUACUAGAGUUUGCAUCUAGCAUCAUUUGACCUGUCUGAAACUAUGGCAGUCUGCUCAAGGUACGUAGGUGGUCACGAAAUGUGUCUGGUUGGUAGAAUGACACAGAUGUUGCAGGUACUUUAUUUUGACUCUUGCAAUCCAGUCUGAGUAAUUUUAAUGAGGUUGAGGCCAGUCACUAAUUUCACAUAGUGUUAAACCAGUGCUGGAUGACUGACUCAGCAUAUCAAAACUAGAGUGGUUUAUACUUGCCGGAUGACACAUUUGUGCAUAGCCACAGUAGUAGUUUAAUUAUGGAUGUUAUUGGCAGUAAGAUAAGGCAGACAGAUUGCUUUUAUGGUAGCUGCACAGUCUACUAUUGACUUGAUUAACUGGGAAGUUGUAUUUGCUUAUCUACGAAUGAGCACCAUAUGUCCAUCAAACAAUUUUAAUAAUCACAAAAAAUUAGUAAUGCUUUUAUAUCACUCGAAAUGCUGUAAGAAUACAUUCCACCUCCACUUUGAAAAAUUAUAUAUAUUUAACUUUAUCUGUCUAUAUAUUGUUUUGAAUUUAAAUGGUGGCCACUGAAAAAUAUUCUGGCAGAUUGUUUUGCAUAACCAAUAUAUUUUGAGACCCAAACUGCAGCAACACUCUUUUUCAGCCAAUCUCUAAUCAUUGCUCAUCUGUCCCUGCACAGGAUUCUUUGUACUUUUAGGUUUGUGAUCAUUCCCUCACUUCUAACUGUUUGACAUUACACCAUACUUUUUUUAUAUUUUCUGGAAGCACUUUACGAAGUAGCAAGGGUCCGUGGCUUUGUUUCAGAGCCAACAUGCAAAUAUGCAAUUUGUUUAACUACAAGUGCUAUGCAUUAAAAUCUUUUCCACCUUAGGCACAGCUGUUAGAGAAUGUCCUAAUAGGCCCUCAGUGGUAAAAUAAGUGCAGCAUGUUGAUAACGGUGACAAAAAAUGCUAAUUUGCCUUAGGGCCUACUAAAAAAUUUAUUAUAUUUCCUCUUGUGACCUUGGCUAAAUGCGGAUUUUACUACUUUGAGUUAAAGAAAGUGUGGUGGGGGAUGUGAGCACUAAGGCUGGUUUGAACUAAUUUUAGUUCGGUGGGGCAGGGUAUUUAAGGAGUUUGAUGUUCCCUCUGCUUAUAGCAUCUUAUGUUUUGGUGUAUAAAGACAAUGGAUAUGGAAUUUGGGAUCAUUUCUACAUGCAGACUAAUUAAAAUGCCUGUAGUCUGUUUGAGAGACAUCUCUCUAUAAAUACAUCUGUUUGUUUGUAGGGUUCUACGUGACUCUAAAUAAUGUAAAACAUUGAGUAAAAGUGUUGCCUAAAAGGAUAAUACUAAGGCUUGCUCAGUGUGGUCAGUUUGGACCAAACAUAUGCUCUUUGUGGUUUACGAAUUAUAUGUUGCUCUUUAAUUGUGGGAUUUAAAAUAAUAGACCAAAACCAGACGGGGGUGGGUUGGGGAGGAGGAGUGUGUAUUAGUAUCAAAAUAUGUGUUAAUCCAACAAACAGGAAAUAAAUAAAUUGUGAAGGGCAUAUUUGAAGGACAAUCGUGCACUUUCAGCUUUGAUACAUUCAUUUUAUUUGAUUGUAAGAUCAUUCGAGAAGGGUUCUCAAUAACCUGUUACGAUUUGGAAUAGUUUGUCGCUUAUUUGCUCCUCUGUCAUCACUUUAAAAAUGUAAAGUGUCGGAGAAUACGAUGACAGUAUGCAAAUCUGAACACUUUAUUUUAUAUUUGUAUCUAAAACCUUAUGGCAAAUGACAGUUGGAUCUCGCAGGUGAUUCCACUCAUAAACUUCUGAGUCUUAGUUUCUGAAGCUGGUAGUGCACCUUUGCAGAUAAUAAUCCCAGAUAGUAUUCCUAACUUGGAUUGUUUGCUCUCACCCGGAUAGUGUGACCUAUUUAAAGGGUAUUAUUUAAUAUUGGUGACUUGCGGUCUUGGGGUAUCUCGGAUGUAAAUUAUUCUCUCUGCUAAGCCAUAUUUCAACUGUACAUUUCACCCAUUGAUAAGUAACAAAUGUAAUAUUGUUAUAUACUUUCAGCUUGACGCAAUAAAAGCAAACAAAUGGGACUGUCCACUGCACAGUCCCAUCAUGUAUCUUUGAGACGUAGACUGCACUCUUUAGUAAAGGCACUGAUUUUAUACAGUACAAACUAUUCUACUGUUUGCUUUUUCAUGUAGUCCGAUGACCCUUCUGUGAGCCAAGGUUGCCCAGUCCCAUAUAUUUCUAAUUUAGCAGCCCCAAUUUUUAUUUAAUGUUGGUUUAUGAUCAGUCUUGGAAAAAACAGUUAAUGAGGUUUCCAUGUUUGAGGAGCUUUGGUGUGAAAUGCAAUAUUGCCCUUUUUGUCCAUAAAAUCCUCCACAUACAGAGUACACAUGGACACCAAUCUUUUUGGAAAGUGUUGUGUGUUUUUUUUUUUCUUCUUUUUUUCCCCAUUGCUUCAUCCAUCCUGUCACACUAAUCAUUGUGUACACCACAUGUGAAUAGCACUUGUCAAAAUACUAUUCUUCAAGCUGGAUGUAACAUUUGCUUGUAGUUGAGGGGAAACGAGGCCUGGAUAUUACUCAUUGGGAAGACCAAAGGAAGUAAAUUAGUGUCAGAAAAACUGAUCCCUGCCUAUAAGGUUUCUCAUUACUGUUAUCAUGAUGCACCAAUUUGGCUUUUACAUAAAGCGUGUAUAGUCAGUAUAUUGACCAUAAAACAGCUCAGUAGGUAUAACUUCUUUGCUCUUUCUAAGAUUGCCAUGCUAGGAUAAUGUAUAGAUUAAUUGUCGUCCUAUAUCUGAAUUUAUUUGUUCCAUGAUUAUUUCAUAAGCUUUCCAAAUGAUUCCAUACUGUUAGAAAAACAAAUAUUUGUCUGCAAAAAAACCAGCCUUUAAUAUUGACUUCAGUAAAUAAGUCUGUUAGAAAAACGUUCUAAAUGUAUUGAAUCAUUUGGAAACCUUGUUAAAUCAAGGCCGUUGUUAGGUUUUUUUUGUUUGGUUUUCUUUAAUCCUAAUUUGAAGUCCAUUUCUUUCAACCUAGAUUAGUGAAUCAAAUUGUGGAUUCCUUCACAGCUAUAUAUAGCAACAUUUCGCAGCACGUUUUAUAGAAAACACUUCAAACAUGAAAUUAUUAAUUGUAAUGCAUUCACCUACUGUACGUAGCUUUCCUGUAGAAGUAGAAUAUGGGCACAACCUGGACACUUCCAAGCUAUGCAGAUUCCUAGCUUUAAAGAACUAAAAUUUUGAGUGAAUCUUUAGAAUCCAUUUUUCAAGCUAAAAAAACAAAAUACAAAAAAACUUGGUUUUGGUUUUUGUUUUGCGUGUCUCCUCCAUACCCCCUCCUACUUUUGAUGUGGUCAAACCUGACAAAACAAAACAGUUAUUUUGAGAGCUACUUUAGAAAAGAGAUUCCAACACAUUGAGAAGCUGUUACACAGAUUCGUAAACAGAGGUUUGUGUGACAAGAACAACUGGCUUUGUGGUUAAAGAGAUGAGAUUUCUCAUGUCUUGUUGCAUUCCACUUUCUUCUCAAGUACUGUCACUUCUCUGUCUGCCCUGAUAAGAAAAGACUGGUGAUCAGACCUGAAACAAGAUUCUCAUGACAUGGUCAUUAGAAAAUAAUGAAAGGGGGGUGGAAAGCAAUAAUAUUUGAGAUGAGGCCUAUAAGAUGAGGCCUUGCAGGACAAAUAAGCAAGGGAUCUUUACUCCACACUGAAGAAUUAAAUCCUUUAUAAUAAAUCUUUAAAGGCACACUCCAUAUGACUAUAAUGCACUGUCGUUUUUAUGGUGCCAUUUGUUAACAGUUUGACAACUUACCUGGUUGUGCACCUGACCCCUCUUGGUUAAUUAGCUAAUACAUGAUCUACUGGUCUUGGCUCAAAGCAGAGUGUUUGUGUCUUUCAUAGAAGAGGUGACUGAUCUAUAGAGGACCACAGGUAUGUUGUCAAACUGUUAGCAAAUGGGUUAACUACUUACAUUGGGAAGGGGCACCAGGGCAUUCCAGGAACCAUAACCACUACAGCACAUUUCUUUAACCCCAUAACCUCUCUUCCCUUUGUAAAGUGGAAUUGUAGGGAUUUUUUAAAAUGAAGACAAAGGAUCACAAAUCUACAAUAUUUCUUGCGUUUGAAUAAACAGUUACAGUUUUUCUUUUCUGUAUUUUCUUUUUCUAAAACAAAAUACUUUUUAGCCAAUGCAGUUCAAGAUCCCUGCUAUAACUGGGUUUGUCCAUUUUAGUCUGUGGAUUUAGAAAUAUUUUUCUGGAUGAGCAAAGGUAGUUUGUGAAACCCAACAAAUGGGAAAGGUGUAAUUUUAGUUUGUAAAGUUCUACAAACCUCAGGUGACCACAUAACAGUAGAUCAUAUUUACUGUGCAUUUAUUUUUAUUGUUUGCAUCUGUACACCUGGUGUGCGAAAUCAAACACAAUCUCCAUCAGCUUGUCUAUGUACCAGGUGUACUCUCUUAAACAUUAAAAACCACAAGGAUCAAAUUAUUAUUUUUCUCUUUUUUUUUUUGUUAAGAAUGUUUAUUGUGGAUUGGUAGAAUUUCGAGAAAGUCUAGUCUAUUUCAAUGGCUGGUGGCUUGUGUUUUGUAGUCACAAAGCAGGCAUUUUCCACUUAAAAACAAAUUCUCAACCAUUAUUCUAAAAGGUGUUAAUCUAAUGGUCAAUUCUUUUUAAACUAGCCAAUUUCUUCCUAGGGAUAAGCUGAACUAAUAUUAAGCACAUAACACCUGUUACGAGUUUACACGCGAUCAUCCUUUCUGAAAACCAAGGUUGUAGUUGCAAUAUUGAUUGCAUUAACAGUCAUGUCGUGAAACUAUUUUUGGGUCAAUUUUAUAUUUUACAUAUUGAUUUAUAUUGCUUUAGAUCAGGGGUGUCAAACAUGCGGCCCCCCCAGAUGUUGCUGAACUACAACUCCCAUGAUUCCCUGGCUAUCUGUUUCAUUGAAAGAAUCAUGGGAGUUGUAGUUCAGCAACAUCUGGGGGGGCCGCAUGUUUGACAACCCUGCUACAUUUAAUAUACAUCCUUAUUUUAGGAAUGUCUCAUGGUGUCAAUCCAAUCCACUGGUUACUAUGUGGCUUUUCUGCCCUUUACGGUCAUAAGCAGUGAAGUCUCUCUGAAUGAUGCAUGAGUUUGAUGCUUCACAAAAUGGAAGAUGAUUAUCACAUUAGCUUUAGGGGACCAGAAAACGUCACAUAGAUCAGUAGUUUAAGAAUUAAAGGGACACCCCAGGCACCCUUACCACUACAGGUUAUUGUGAGUCUUUGAGUUCAGUACCAAAUGUUUAAAUAAAAAAGAAAAAAAAGAACAGGACCGGUAAACUAUUUGCACCAUAACCGAUUCAAUAAUCUGUAAGCGUUAUGGUAUUUGGAUUGUCUAUUUGAAUCUAGAACAUACUGGCUAACGCAUCCUUGGGAAGCAACACACUCCAAAAUGCAUUGCAUUCACUUUAGCAUCCCCCAGUUCCUGAAUGAUAAUAGAAUUCAUGAUGCCAGGAAAAAGUCAGAAGGUAAAUUCUUAGCAGACUUUGCAUAAGUAAUACUUAAAAGAACUAGAAAAGCCUGGGGAGUGAAGCGGAUAAUGAAGUUGUGUACUAAUCACUGGGAGAGAAAAAACAAACACGUUUUACUGCCCAUUUAAGUUUCAAUGUUGGAGAUGUACUUCAUGUUUGUUACAUUUUAUCUGCCAAGUCAUUGGGAAAAAUUCUUUUGAGUUUAGGCAUUUGAACCGCGCUAACUGGGUGGGCAUAGACAGGAAGUAUUUGCAGCUCUUUAAAAGACCCCCAUUGUUUUGCCUAAUCAGUCAUGUUUUUCUUAUCCUCUAAAAGAAAAUAAGUAUAGUUUGUGUCCCAUCCAUGGCUUCCUUGCCUCAGAGUUGACAAAUGUCCUGCUUGUCAGUGUGAAAGUAGAUUCUACACAAAUUCCGCAACAAAUUAAAAAAAAACUGCACUCUUUUACAGGAAAGAAAAAUAAAAAUGGUUUCUGAUUUUUAGGACGAAAUGAGUGAGAUCACAUUAAAAUCAUUGCCAUUCACUUGGAUAAGAUACGUGUUUUGGCUUUUUUUUUUUGCAUAACAGUGUCCAGUGCAUGCCAAUAAAAUUUAGUGUUUGGUAUUCUCAUAAGAGGUUGAAAAUAAACCAAUCCAAAUAUUGCUAUUUAAUACUAGGAUAACAACUUUAAUAAAAUUCAUAUAUGUCAGGAAUUUGUAUCUGUUUAUGUGAUACGUAUAAAACUGUGCGUUGAUAUAUGAUUUGUAAAGUAAGUAACCCUGUAUAUUUAGGGUCCCUAUAAAUCAUUAUAUUGUUGUUUUGUGUUUCGUUAUAAAAUAUGAGAAGUGGACCACCACACCCUCCCAAAAUAUAUUUUUUACAAGCCAGGUGGUAAGGGGCAGGGUGGAUAAUAUGCAGUCAAUCACCAUCCUGAAAGUUACUUUAUGUUCCUGGAUGGCUGAGUUAGUGAGUAUUUAAAAAAUAAAAAAACCUUUGCUUUUGGAAAAUGGGGAACACAAAGGGGCAGAGUCUAAAAUCAUCUGUGCAACACCAUUUCAUGCUCCAGUGGUCCUCAGCAGGAGCUGAGAGUGGGAUGGACUUUCUGCCAAGGUUCUUUUAUAUUUAAAGAAACCACCCUUGGAUUUUGAUUCAGGCAAGACAAGCCAUCAAUGGGUCUAUUUGCAUGUCUAUGGUUUUGAGGACAGGGCCUUUAGUGAUUGAAUGGCAUUCAUUCACAUUAUGGCGCAUAGUGUUAAAUGUUCACUCUCUAGAACAUGCAUAAUUAUGUCAAAUCUUUUGCAUGAACCGCAACACUUCUCAUUCUCAGCCAGCCUGACCUAUAAGAAAAUGGUGCUUGUGCAUAAAUUUGGAAGUGCUGCAAUUUUUAUACACCACCUCAAAUGUCAUAUAUUGUGUUUUGUAGACCAGCUAAAGUUCUAUAUCAUGGGAAGUUCUUUUUCUGUUUUCUGUUCCGCCGAUAUAGGUGUUACUAUUAUCUAAAUUAAAUUAUUAAAAGCUUCUAGGUUGUUUGAUCAGUAAAGGCUGAUUUGUUACAUCACUGGUGCUUAAAGGGUUAAGCGGCACUCUUUGUCUGAUUUAAUACGGUGAUGGAUAACUUUUGGCAAUUCAGUUGUUGCGGAUCAAGUUUCUCAUGUUGCAAAUCUAUAUUGAACUAGCUUUCUAAAUCAGGGAUGAGCAACAGGUUGAAGUUCAAAUCCACUUGGCUGAAGCAAUGUGUAUCUAAAUAUUUUCUUCUUGUUUACCUUCUGUAUUCUAUAAAAAUAUUUUGAGUAGUAUCUUUUUUUUUUUUUUUUCCUUAAUGCUGCUGUUUUGAGUUACAUUGUGUUUAAAGUAGAAUCAUCCUAAAUUGGGAUGUUGCAUUUUGUAAUUCUAUGUAUGCUCCACGUUUCCUGGGUCUGUUGAAGUAGCACUGAUUUGGGGCCCACGAUUUGCCAUCUUGAUUUGUACUGCCAUUGCAUGCCUGUGUGAGAGCUCUACCUCUGUGCUGUGUGUCUACAUGCAGCCCUGGUUUGUUGCCUGACAGUUGUUCUAUCUAAACAAAACACCUUGUUUGAUCAUUCAUCCCUCCCAGAAUUAGGGAUGCUAGUGUUGCUCUAUGACCAGAAAGGUAUGGGUGGCCUGUAUGCAGAGUACCAUAGAAGCAUCUUUGUAUGGCAAAAAUACCCUGCUUUGGCCUGGCUUUUUAUUUAUUUUUAUUUUAUUUUUUAAAUUGAGGAUUUCUCUUUGGUGUCCCCAGAAGCAGGACAGGGAUACCUUAUCAGGACUAUCCUAUAUGAUCCAGAACUGUUUGCUAGUGUUUCAAAUGUUUGCAAGUCACAUGAGUUAAGGGCCAGAUUAUAUAGUAAACUCUGCUAGGGUUUUACCUAAUGUACAAAACCAAGUUAACAUUGAUUUAUGUUAAUGCGUUGAAUUUUAAACAACUGACUUUGAAACACUCCCAGUAACCAGACGGGGGUUUAAGUGGUCAUUUCUUCACAUGUGAUUGUAGCUAUUUAGAGUAUGUUUAUCUACCUGUACAGAACUAAGAAAACCUCACUGAGGUUUACAAAUUAGCUCUGGUUGUCAUGAGUCAUUCAACUGUCCGCAAAACAUUCACCAUUGAUGCCCGCAUGCGUUUUUAUUAGGCCUCUCAACAUUUUUGACACAUCAUUGGUUUUGGUAAAAAUUCAGCUCUUUAUGUGGUAAAUGCAGUCCCUAGCAUAAUGAAAAUGUCUUAGUUUAAUUUGUAAACAGAAAAAGGACGUUCAUAGACCUUAGGAAAUCAUUUGGUUGAUCUUGUGGUGAGAUAUCAGGAAAUUGGAUGUUAAAGCCAAUUUGUUCCAUUUUUACUUUUAUUUAUUUUUUGGGGGUUCUAGAACUGACUGCUAAAUUUAUCUGUGGUAGAUUUUAAUUUUUUUUUCUCUUUUUGAGUUGCAACCUCUCAGAUUCCACUCUGUUUCCAGCUAGCUAUGAUUUCAUUGUCUAUAACAGAAUGUUGAAUUUUUGCCUCUACUUGUAUGAGUGGCUAAUGUCAACUCUUGCAGUUACUGGAGUAGGGAACAUUGGUUUUCAAGCACAGUUCUUUUGUGUCUGAUGCACUUUGAUUCAUGCUUUGAUACAAUCUGAGCAAGGAAAAAUUGUCUGUCAAGGUCUUAAAUAAAACAAAUAAGUUCAAUGCUGAGUUUUCAAGACAAUUCUUACUUUGUUUAUUUUAUGAUCUAAAGAAGCUGCAUAGCAUUGUGGUUACGUCACCAAUGCAUAAAACUGUGGAGGAGAAUGAAUGUCUAUUUUGCCAUUGGUGCAGUUUAGGAGUACCUCUGUGCGUUUGUUCUCUUUAAAUAUUCUAGAACACAGAAAUGUAUAUUGAUGAAUGAUCUGGGGUGGCUGUUAGCCCCUUGCGUUGCCAGAGCAAUGAGAAUGAUCAUCAGUUGGGUAAGCACUAGAGAGGUAAAUGGAAGAGAUUGCCUAUGGAGUCUGCCAUUUUUCCUUUAUGGUUGGCACAAUGGGAAGUGGAGUUCUGUAACAAUUUGGGAUCUAUCUUUUAGCAGUUCACAACUAUUUGUGGUUUAUAGACAUCUCUUAAAUGAUAAAAGCACUGCUUAAACCCAUUUAGGGCUAUUGUCACUAUAACUGUCUGCACUAAAAAAAAACCUAAAAUAAAUACCCCUUUAAUUUUGUGACAUACAUCAUUGCUGUAUCAAAUAUGGACAUUCUUUGCUAGCACAAGGCCUUUAAAAAAAAAAAAAAACAGAACAGAGUUGCAGGAAGACAUAUCUUAAUUCUUAAGAAGUUAUUUUUUUUUUGCACUCUGAUUGGUUUCAAUGUUUUCAGCCAAUCAAAAUCUUUGUAGGACUAACUUUGUAGGACUAAUCUCAGUCAGUAUCCAGAAAGCUCACAGUUAAGAAUAGACUUAAUAAAACACUGAAUUUAAAGGAACACUAUAGGGUCAGGAACACAAACAUGUUUGCCCCACCCCUUACCCCCUUAAAAGCAUGAAAAACUUGCCUUAUUUCCAGUGCCGUGCGGGUCUGCCGGCACUGGCCCUGCCCCCUUGGUGACAUCAGAAUUGACGAUUGUCGGCCAAUCCAAUGCUUACCCAUGGUUGAAAGCAUUGGAUUGGCUAAAAUCGGCAAGGGGCGUGGCCAAACGUUAUUUUGGCCAAUCAGCACCUCCUCUGAAAAGGCAUUGUUGGCAUGGAAAUGCCUGAAGGCAAUGAUUAUACUCACCAGAACAACUACAUUAAAGGAUCACUAUAGGGUGAGGAACACAAACAUGUAUUCCUGAGCCUAUCGCGUUUUAACCCACCAUUUAGGUGGCUUGCCUCCCUAUAAAUGUUUAAAACUCACCUUUAUUUCCAGCGCGGAUCUGCUGGCGCUGGUCCUGCCCCCUUUGUGACAUCAUCAAAAGGGCAGAUUUUUAGCCAAUCCAAUGCUUUCCCAUAGGGAAAACAUUGGAUUGGCUAAAAUCGGCAUGGGGCGGAGCCAAAUGCCAUUUUGGCCAAUCAGGACCUCCUCAUAGAGAUGCAUUGAAUCAAUGCAUCUCUGUGAAGAAAAAUGCCUAGAGUGGUCCUUUAAUGAAACUUUUAUUCUUUUUUCGAUACACAAAAUGAACUAACAAAGUGUUUAUCUCAGCUGCUGCAACGGAGAGGCUAUAAGUGGGGUAGGAGCUGUCACGUAUUAGUAAAUUGCAUGUAUUUUUUUUAAUUUAUUUUUUAUUUUUUAUUAAUGCGCUUUCCUAUUCUGCAGUCCUAUACAAUUGGUGUAAGAGACAUGCUUGUAAAUGUAAAAACAAGAUGUACUUACAUGAACAAGACCUAGUUUCCUGUUUGUUGAAUAUUAACAUAUUACUUAAAAUGGUCAAGGCCACAUUUUAACUUAUUCUAUGCUUUCUAUUUACAAAACCACAACCCCCCCCUUUUUUUUUUUUUUAAAUGCUACAGCAUGUGUUGACUCCUUUUAUGAAUAAAAAUACUGGUAUUAGCUCCACUUACUUUAUCAAGAACACUGUCCUUUUCAAAUUCUUUUAGUGAAAAUGUUGACGGUAAGGGUUAAUGAAUGAAAUGGCAUUUGAAUGGGUGGGAAAAGAAAGGUAUACCUUUUUACUGAAUCAGCAGAUGGUUCAUAGGUUACACAUUCCUUAACUUUUGUUCAUCAUCAAAUCUGGAAGUGUUGUGUGUAGAUGUAGCAGAGUGUGCGCGUCCGUGUAGAGCCUUCAAACGGAGCAUGGUAAUUUAAAGUCAGCAAGCAGAGUGUGUGUGUGUAUGUGUAUGUAUAAGCAAAAGUAGAAGCAUUGUCUAUCAAGUGUGGUGUAUGUGAAUGCAAAAGCAGCAUGCAGUGUGUCAGGGUUAUUCUUGAGAUUUCUGAGUGACUUUCAAAUUUAAGGCCAACCUAGUGGAACUAGAAAACAUUCUCCAAAUCGGCUAUGCUUCCAAUUUUUGGCUGCUUUUGAAAUUCUGCCUUGUAUUUGCUUUGAACUCCCAGCUAUUCUCACUGUGGUAAAUAGCCCUGUGUAAGUUUGUGAAUGUAUGUGUGUAAGCAGCUGGCAGUGUGCGCGCUGCAGGGCUGUGUGUAUAGGAGAAGCAGGUUUGUAGUGAGAAGAAUUGUGCUGGAAUAUGUGUCCAGAGUAAUUUUAAACAUGUGCUGCACUGGAAAUCCUUGUAAAAUUCCAUUCCACAAUGCAGAAAAAAGACUCACAGACCUGAGGUUCAAAUAUCCAGCCUGAUGCUCUCUAGCAGUCAUUUGUUUACCUGUCACUCUUUUGUAGUUUAACGUGUGCCCCUGAAUGCACUGUUUUACUGCUGUUAUUGGCUAAUUACAGGUGUUAUAUGUAGCCCAGGUGUAAGUACAUUAACUAUUCCCCUCCUCUGCCCCCUUCAUUCUCUUAAGCCUUUAUAAAUGGAGGGAUCAGAAGUCUAACAGACAGAGGCAUAUUUAUUUUUCUACACUUUGAACGAAGUUAUAAAUUCUGGCAAUAAAUUAUAUUACAUCUGAGCUGAAACUGAUGUGGAUUUAAGGAUGUAACUAGGUAUGUGCUCUUUAAUUUGCUUUUUGGAAAACUGUAUAAGGGUGUGUUGGGGUAUGAAAGAUGAUUUUGACCUGCAAAAAAGAGGAUUUGGUCAAAAUAAAUCUGUUAACCCUACCUAAGCCAACUGAUACAAAACCAUUUGUAUCAUAAGACCUUUCGUAUUUUCCAUAUCAAUCAGUUGACCAUAUUUUCAUUUAUUAUUCUUUUUUCACAGACACAAGAAUGAAUCUUAAAAUCACAUUUGCUGACUGCAGAUUUCUUUUCUGUGAGUUUUCUGCACUACUGGAGAAGUACUUCAAAGUAUCGGAAGUGUUGUUGCCAGACGCCUUAGAGUUAUUGUUAAAAGAAUUUGAAAUAUAAUUGAAAACAAACCUUUAGUGUGCUGUUGAGAUCAGGCCCAGAGCUGGCUCUAUAGGGACGUGGUAUUGAAAGCUUGUCUUGCUUAAGGCCUGAUGUCUGAGUUUGGUCAAUGAGAGAUGAGUCAUCUGUGAAUUUUGUGCAUCUGGUAAAAGUUUGCGUAUCUGGAAAAUGCAUAAUUUAAAGAAAAAUCACUAUUUAAAACAAAAAAGAAAGUGUAGCCUCUAUUUGCUCGCAGGCCAGGAUUUUCCCCAGAGGUGAAAUUCAAAAGCAUGUGACUAUUCGGGAAAACAGAUUUAUAAUACAUUUUAAAACUGGAGAACUAGUUAGUCUUAGAGUCUUAUUGUCAUUGCCCAGUUUGUCAUUUGAACAUUUAGCAAAAGUAUUGAUGUAUAGUUAUUCAAAUUUAAUCUGCCUCAGCUCAGUUGCCAAACAAUUUGUGAAAAAAGAAGGCCUCCUCGUGCAAAUUCAUAAACAUUAGUUCACAUUCAUUGUGGCACCCAUUUUGAAAAAGCUAUUCUUUUGCUGCCAGUUUUGCCAGCAAAACAUGUAAAGGUGUACAUUUAGUUGAAGGGGGUGGUUAUCUAGAUUUUUUUAUGGGUGUCAGGGUAAUUUAAGUGGCAUUUUAUGCAUCAUCUCUUUGAGAGGUUUAACAGAAACUGGUGGUUACCCCUUUUGAGGUACACCCUUUUAUUUAUACUCUUUGUUUAUAUUUUGUAUUUUGUUUUUAAUUUAAAAGUUUAAGUUGGCUGUGUGCUUAUAAGAACAUGUCAUUUUUUUUUUUUUUUUAACUGUCUACCUUUAUGUUAAAAAAUGUAGUUUGUGAGUCCAAGAGGGUAAAAGUAAACAUAAGUCUCAUUAUUUGUGGUGUAAACAACAAUUUCUCCAAAACCACAAAUUGCUCAGAAAGGAAACACUGUGCAGCACUAUGAAGUCCUGCAUUUCCAGCUUUCUUGGAAAAGAUUUCUUCCCUGAUCCUGCCGCAAGCUUUUUUUUGUAUUUUAUUUUCAGCGCAGCAGGAAUUAUAUUUUUUUUUUUCUAAAUGUAUUUAUUUUCCUGUCAACUCAUCAGGCACUGUACAGAUGUUUGUCAGUUUCAAUAAAGUUUUAAAAGUUCACGAUGGUGGCUGCCUUCAAAGCAGCGUAAUGUGGACAUGUGCUUAAUAUUAGAACAUUUGUUUUGCAUAUUUAUAAUCCUUUAUUGUUAGUGCUUAAGAUAUCUCUGCUAUUCCUUGUUUAUAAAUGACAUGAUGGCUUUCUUAAAGGGGAACUUGCUUAAAAAAAAAAAAAACUACAAUAAAAAUAAAAAGCAAGCCACCCAUUGUUAAGGACAAAAUAACAUAGGCCAUCCAUCAUUUUAGAUACAAGCCUCCAUUUUAAAUGAGCUAUGUAGUUGAAUUAAGCUAGUCACUAAAAUUAGCAAAUAUUGGUUUAACCCCUUAAGGACACAUGACAUGUGUGACAUGUCAUGAUUCCCUUUUAUUCCCCUUGGUCCUUAAGGGGUUAAAAGCCAGGCAAGUGUGUUUUGCUCUUAGUGAUCCAUAUCUAUCAUAGCAGAGGUUCACCCUGCCUCUAAUAUUGAACUUUACAAGUAGUCACGUUAUUAAAAUUUUGACUAACAUCCUAUAAAAAAAAGUAUUUAUUGAGUAAUAAAACAAAUGCAUAUAUAGUUAUACAAUACGGUGUGCAGUGAAAGUAAUAUUUUCUGCAGUGAAAAGUGUGUGAUUAUGCGAUAGAACAAUGAAUUGGGUUGAUGGAGCAUUCAUUUAUUUUGGGAAAACUGUAAUAAAUGCACGUAUCGUGGCUCUGUUGUUUAAAACAUGGAAAUGUUUGGUUUCGAUGGCCUUUCUUAAGUCAGCUGCUCAUCAGGCAAUGGCCGCAAACUAUGUUAUGCGUAAUCUGUUUGUUGCAAUCAUUUAAUGUGUUUUUUUUUUUUUUGGAUGUCUGUAAGUAUUUCUUAGCCAGGAGGAGUGCAAGAUUUCUUGCUCUAUUGUCCAGCUCAAUUGCUAGUUAUUGCUGUAUUGAAGAUUGAGAGGUUGAGUUGGUUCUGCUAAGAAUAAAACACGUGAUGCUGAGGUUUUCUACAACAGAAGUAAUCGUUAGUUUGUUUUUUUUGAGAUGCUAUUUUGUCUGCGGUGUUUUUGUGGAUCAUGAGUUGUGUUGGACCCCAGUAAUGAUGACUGACGCAGUUGCCGACAUUCUCAGUCAUCAACAGUUAUUUGGUAAUUCACCUGCAGUAGGAGAACCUAAAUAAAGGGACACUCUAACCAUUUCAACUCAUUGAAGUUGUUAUAGUGUCUAAAGUAUCCUGGUUUGAUCCUCCCAUCCAUUGUUGAAUGACGCUAAACAAGGGUCCAUGGGCUAAUGAGGAAGAAUGACCUGAGCAGUAAUGGAAGGCAGGGAUAGGCUUUCCACCAACACACCUCACCUGCCCAUUGGUAGCGUUAAUUGGUAUAGCUAAGGAAGAGUGAAACUCUACCUUAGCCAUGCGUCCAGUUGGGAUUUUUAACUGAGGGAUGAAAAAGAAAAAGAGGAAAAAGUCACUUUAGCAGAGUAUCAUUAAUGAUGGCAGGUCUGUUGGGUGACAGCGAUCACUUGUAUUCUGCAGCUGGAAUCUUGAGUGUGUGGGAAAAGAGAUUCCCUAGCUUCUUCAUACAAGAACGUCCGCAACAGAGGUUACAUUGGUGGAGAGCUUGGGGGCCUAGCCAUAGCUGCACUCUAGGUCAUCUUCUAGUAACACAAUUGAUCCAUUGUAAUGUUAAAUACAAUUUUUUUUUUUUUAACCUCUUUUUUUUUUUUUUUGUUUAAAAUUGAAUCAAUUUAUAUGCUAUGAGACUACUUUAGUAAUCUUCACACUCCCCUCCCCCCAGCCCUCACCCCCCCAUCAUACUUCUUUUUGUAUGAAUAGACUAUAAAUCAGGUUAUAACAAUGUAUUGCUUUUAUGUGUUUUAAUAUUUUUUUGUGCGUCAGCAUCUAGUUAAAAAUAUAAAAUCCUGUCUAAGGCAGGCCGAAAAGAGGGACAAAGCCUUUUAAUGUACCGAUUGUAUAUGAACAGCCAAGCGGGAGGGCUCUUGCCAAAACUCAGCAAGUGAGAGAGCCAACAAUAUCAAUUUGAACUUUGCACUUUGAAAGUGUGAAGUGAUGUCGGCGAAAGUAGUUUAUUGCACAAGUGCAACUUGGCGGCUGCCUUUGAUGCCUGAAUUUCAACCUCAAUAAAACAGAAAAGUCCAAUAAUUCAUUCUAAAAGGAAAAAAAAAAUCUUCCCAUUGAAAAGGUGAAUAUGAACUAGAAAUUCAUGUGGCUUAAAUCUCUCUCGUCGGCUAAUAUGACAUUAACAGACAAGCAGACUUUUUUUUUCCCUCUUCUUGUUUUUUUCUUAGCAUAUCAUUUUUUUAAUGUAGCAAACCAUGACAUUCAUUGCUCAUCUUUCACAAAUUUUCUUUGUCCUCUGCACUAGUGUGCCGUUAUUGCAUGUGUCGCUGCCUUAAUAUGCAACCUGGCAGGCACCCACACACAUUUAUCUCAGCCCAUAGCCUUAAUAUCAGUCAUCCAUUUACCAAUGGGCAUGCCCAGCUCUUAAAAUCUUUGCAUUUGAUCAUCUGAACUCGAAUGUCAACACACUUUCUCAGUACAUUGGUUGAAAAUCUAGUUUCAUUUUCUCCUGUUGUUAAGGAAAGGACAUAAAAUAUUUUAUCUCACACGGGGAAUGUAGAACACAUGUUAAAAUAACAAAAACGAAGUCCAUUUGUUAUGAUUAUUAAAAUAGACAAUGACUGUUUUGACACUUCUAAAGGUAAGGUAAAGGUAUGCUGAAAUAUAAUGUUUUUGCAUAGUGUUUAUUGAUACCACUUCAGUAGAGUGAAGGUAGCCAGGGCUUAAAACGGAUUUUGCCUCCAAUGGCUCUAUUGGUACAGUUGAACAAUACUGUACUAUUAAGCCUUGCAUGGACUAAUGCAGAAUUUAUUGUGCCCCCUGUCCAAAUCUGGGUAUUUGGUAAAUCUAGGUGAAAUAAAGAAAGGGAUUAUGUGAUACUGUAAUCACAGCCCUUAGCAUCCCCUUGCCAUGUUGCAGAAGUUGUAUAACUUCAUCGAUUUAGGACUUGUGGAGAAUUGACAAGGUAGUGGCAUAUUUUAGCCAAACACGAAGAAUGUUCCUGAUUUGGCUUUUCUGACCUAUACUUUUUAAUUCUCCACAAUUAGCGAUUUUAGUUAAUAAAUCUUUACAGGCACACUCUAAGCCAGAGUAGGCAACCUUCAGGAGUCAAGAUGUUGUGGGCCUCAUCAGCCAAAAUGCAGGCAAAGCAUCAGGGGAGAUGCAGUCCACGAACAUGCGGAGGUGUAGCAGUUAUGUUGCCUAGAGUAUUUCAUUGGCUGUUGACAGGUAUCAUGCCAAAUUGUUUAGGGGUUGUUUUUGACAAAAAACAGGGCUUCCCACAGCACCCAUAGACAUCCGCAUCAGUGUCAAGUUUAUCCAACCUGGAAGGCGCUAAUUGAGAGCAACAAGUUAAUCAACCAGUUAGCGCCACUGAUGGAAACAAACAUUACGAAUAUGGAAGGGAGAGUCCUCGGGUGCUAAGGAGAACCAUUUUUUUGUUAAAUUUCUCCAAGACUGUUUGUUUGACAUGAAGCCCAGAGGCAGUACAUGUAGACCCCAUGCAACAAAAACACAGCUCUGAGCUGUUGUGGUUAUUUUUCUUGGGAUUUAGUCAGUAAACUGUGAAUUGUGGCGAAAAGAAAAAGGAAUUAACGUCCUACGCCAAUAUAACCAAAUCACGGCAGUCACCAAAACAUCUUAAGCCUUAUUAAGCAGUUUCUGCGUAUAGAUCAUGCCCCUGAAGUUUCACUGGUUAAAUCACUUUUGUUUCUGUUUAUGCAGCCCUAGCCACACCUCCGCUGACACAGCCUGUAUGAAAACAACAUGGUUUCAUUUUCAAUCAGAUGUAACUUACUUUGACAGUUUUUAUUUCCUGCUCUAUAAAUUUAACUUUAAUAACAUACAAGACGCUCCUGCCGGGUCUAGCAGGCUAUCAACAAUAUUUGCAAGAAAGGAAGUGUAAAAAUUAGAUGACUCUUUACAGGAAGUGUUUAGGAAGGCUCUGUAAGUCACAUGCAGAGAGGUGUGCUCAGGGUUGCAUAAACAUAAAAGUAAUUUAGCUCCUAAAUGGCAGAGAAUUGAGCAGUGAGAGUGCCUCAUUAAGCUAAAGUUAUUUUUGUGGUUGUAGUGUCCCUUUAAAUUUGGACUACAGUUUCCCAUGUCAUUUUUCUACAUGUCCCGGGUCAGUGCAUAAACCCAAUGUCUAGAGUGUCACUUUCAAUGAUUUGUUAAAACAGAUAAUAUAACGGCAUUUUAACUGCUAAUUGUUUCUGUUUCAUGUUACUAUAAAUGUUAGGGGCCAGCUGAUAUUCUCCACUCUCCCUAGAGCUCUGAGUUGCAUCACAGUGUUAUGAUUGUAAACAAAUGUUUGAUUCAGGGAAAGAGUCGGCCUGAGCUGUACAGUAGCUGUAUUUGCAAUAAACCAUAAUUAUAGAUUUUGCAUCUUUCCAGCAGCCUUUUAUUGCACAAUGUCAAUUUCUAUUUAUAUUGUUCUUUCUUACUUAUAGGUCUGAAACCUCAAGUGUCAAAGGAACAUUUGGCACUUUGUCCCUUGAGGUGUUGGAAAAGCAGUAAUUCUUUUAUGGUUUUUGUCUUAAACCUGGAAAAUCCAUUAACACUAAUCAUAGCCAUUUUCUACCACAACUGUUCCUUGAAGCGUGGCCUGCUUAUGCAUGACUGCUCUAUCUUUGCUGAAGAAGUUGUUUAAAGAUAUACUCCAGGCUGGAUUAACUUUUAUUCUCUUUUCUUAUUUUUUUUCUGACUUUAUUUCGGAAAUAAUGUGAAGAAAAAUAAUAAUGUUUGCGUGGAUUCAGACACAAAAAAUGAAGAAUAAUGUAAAAUGUUUGUGUCACAAAAAGUAUUUGCAUGGGUCUUGCUGGCCUAUAACAAUUUGCUUUAAAAGAAAACACAAAACUGCUGUAUCCUGUCCCUUUGUACAUCAGAUAACUGUUGGGCAUGGUGAGAGAGAGAGACACUCCCAAUAAUAGUGCACAAGAGGAGCUUUUAAAAAAAUCUUUUAAAGUGCUUUAUUGUGCAAUUUUUACAAUGGUCUGAAACGGGUACGGAAUGAAACAUGGAUGUGAUUUACCUUAUCUUGGUGCAUGAAGACACAUUUUUUUUUUUUUGCAACAAGACCAGUGAGUGCCUUGCUUCGUGGCUAUAUAACAUAUAUUAUAUAUAGUAUAAACUUUAUAAUCUUAUUUUUUUAUUUUUUUAGUCAAUAGUGCAACACAAGAGCUUCCACUGUCCUGAAACAUUGGCUGUAUGCUAUAACUUAUAGGUCAAAGUGUGCUUGUUGGCCUAAAGUGCAGCAGGUUAAUUACACUGGACAGGUUUACUAUAGGGAGGUGUGAAGUAUCUGUCUGGGUUGUGUGCAAGCUGGGAGAUAUGGGGGAGGGGGAGUGCAAGUUGUUAAAACUAGACUUUUGUGUCGGCUAGUGCUUAGUGGAAGCCUGGGAAAUAGUAUUUGAAAGCUUGUUUCUAUCCUCUCCUGUGUAACAUGUCAUGUUGCUGAAGCUGAGACUAUUGAAUUUGGAACUACAUGUUAAAUAACAGGCAUGGACAGAAAAUAUUUCUGUCCCAAGCAUAGUGAAAUAAAACACAUCUAGUUUUACCACUACAGCAGGUGUUAUUGGUUAUUUUGAUUUAAAUAACCGUUUAACUGAAAUGGGCCUUUUUGGUGGUUUUAGAUACUUUGUUUAUAAUUUUUUUAGUAAGAUAAUGACAUAAGAUUUAUCCACAAAUCACUCAAACAGAAAUUCUACACGUUUGUUUACUACUAUGCAGUAACAUAAGGAUGUGCUCAUUGUACCCAACAGACUGAGAGUAAGUGAAACAUUUUUACACUGAUUAAACAAAAAUGGUACAAAUGACAAUAUCUAUUUAACAAAGUGCGUUCCUUAGCCCUUAUAUUUCUGCAUUUUUUUUUUAAGCUAGACUGUGUAGGUGUCCUCCAAAUUAAAUGUUCUAUGAGAAAUCAUUCUAAAAAAAUAAAUAAAAAUCAAAAGCUCGCCGACAUUCAUGUGUACAUUGGUUGUAAUCGGCUGUGUAAACCUAGGCGGUAUGAACCUAUCUGAGAUAUGAGGAAGUUGUAGGUGUGUAGCUCAGGCAGGAAGUAAAGAUGAAAGCGUACAAAAGCCUAAUCUGAAGUUGUGAUAAUCUCUCUUGUAUCUCUAUGGCAAAUUCUUCAAGGGUGUAUUGAAAACCAAUCUGGUUUAUGCAAUCUCUUUUGCACUGCCCUAAAUAAAUAUUGACACCACAGGCGUUGGCAAACCUUCCUUUUCUUUUCUGUCACUGGAAAUAAAAGAUCUUUUUAGUGGCAUUUUCCUAUGCUUGGCGCACUUGUUUUAACUUGCCAGAGUCUUUCAAACCACUGUAUAUAUUAACAGGUUGCCACUGACUCAGUGUGGCUGGGAGUUUUUUUUUAUUUAUUUAUUUUUUAAAGUUAAGUUCUGAUGCAAACACAAGGAAUACUGUGUCCUUCAUGUGUUGCUCUCCCACAGACUGUAAUUAUCCUAUAAUUGUGAACACUUCCUCUCAAUUUAGUGUAGGAGAUCCAAUACUUCCCCCCACCCCCCAUGUGUUAGACCUUUGCUCGUGGCCCCAAAGUAGGUUUGAACAGUCUUGCAAAGUUAAUUCAAUACAAAUUUUUAAAUAUAUAAAUUAAACAACACAUAACAUAUUUUUAUUUAUUUAUUUUUUUACUAGGUUAUUUUUUUUUAAACAUUUAUUCUUAUAUUGUAGCCAUAAUUGGAAGUGGAUGGAAGGCUGUAUAGCCUUGCACAAGUGAUUUUCUUAAUUUAAUUUUUUUACCAAGUGGAUGCGAAGCUGAAAGCAGGUUCCAUUCUCUCCCUGGGAGUUACAUACUGGCUUAUUCAUUAAAAAGAUGAUUCAAAGUGAUCAAAAUUGUCAAAUUGGAACAUUCUCUAAGUUGGGCUAUAGUUUCAGUUUAGCUACUCUGACCUUAAAAGUACAAUGAAGUGGGUAUGGGUGCUAUUUCCAUCCCGUUUUUAACACUGCAGCUUUAAACAUUUGUAUUUGCAAUGCUUAACUGUUCCUUUACAUUUAAAAUUCCCUUUGAAUCCUCGCUUUAGUAAAUAACCCUGUGUGUAGGUUUGUAUUACAGCAAGUGAGUAAUUUUCCUAUAAGAUUUUUCAGUCACUUUCUGAUGAAUCCCAUGCCUCACAGAUCCAGUGAAAGUUUGAAAUGCGCCCUUAUCUAGAAAAGUGCCACCAUGUCCCACAUUAAAUAAGGUAAUAUUCUCUCUGUAGUAACUUGCUUUUUUCCCCAAAAACCCUUGAGCCUCAAUACGACUUCACUGCAGGAUCAAUUAAACUCUUAAUCUUUAUAGUAUAAAGUUGUGUAAUAAUAUUUGUACCCUAGGACAUAGUGGAUAGAGGCAUCCAUCAUUACUAGCAACUUUGUAUUUUAACUCUUUUUGGAAAAAUAAUUGCAUCUUGCCAAACCUCCUGUUAAUGAUUUCUAGACUAUUUAAUAAUAAUGUCCUAUGUGGUGUGAUCCUUCAGUAAUCCCUCCCAUUUUAGCACCCCCCAAAAAACUUUUCAUUUAAAUAUCUUAUAAGGGAAAUUGACAAUAUUAGGCAUCAUUUUGGCAUGGGUUGCUACCUGUAAUAUGAUGCAAUUAAUUGUAACACUUCUGUCUGUGAUGAUGAUGAUGCUCACUGUGACAGUAUAUUGUUUCAUUGACCUUGAAGAAGGCAUCAGCUUAAUACUUUGAUUGCUCACAGAUAAAGGAAGUUCUCUUCUCCUAGGCUGUGGUUCUUUUUUUUUCACAGAGAACAUAUUCUUAAAACCAAAGAAUUAAGUUCUGUUACAGUUUAAAUAACAAUCUGUACGCUGCUGAGUGGCUCUCCUGAUACAAAUGCCCUGGUGUCUUUCACACAGAAAAUGACAGAGAGAAGGGGAUAAAUGCAGCCUUGGACCAUUUGUUGUCAAACAUAUGUCUGACUCUUUAGCAGAGUAUUCAAUAAAGAAAAACAAGCACGUUUUGAUAGUAAAUAAAAAUAACGAUUCUAUCAAGGACGUUCACUAAAUGCUGUAUUAUAGGAGGGUGCUCUUUUGGACUGCCUUGUGCCUUAGCACAAAACAGUUGUGUGACUUCUCAUAGCGAAGCAUUGUGCCUCAACAUGGUGCUUCUCAAGCCCUGCCGCUCAGUGCUUCUCUAUGAGUACUAGUUGUGAUGAUCUCCUAGAACAGAGUUGAGGUGAGGGAUACUCUCACCAUGGGAUUCGAGGCAAGGAUAAGCCCCAUAGUUUUAUUUAUUUUCCUGUAUAGGAUAGAUUUGUUGAAUAAGUCCUUCAGAUUCUGGUAAACAAGUGCAAAGUAUUUGGAAUUUCACAGACGGUUUGGUGAUACCUAAAAAUAACUUAACUGAAAAUUUAAGCAGGUCAAAUUGUCUGGAAAUGUGAAUUCUUUGCUUAGUUUACAACCCCUAUGCUGACACAGUCUCAUACAAAUUGUUUUUUUCUGGUGGAGCCAACAUAAGCAUAUUGACACUUAUUUUACACAUAUGUUGUAUGUCAAUGAAGUGUACAAUAAUGUUGUUUUUUCUGAACUUGAUGCUUUCUUUUAAUCAUUAAUAUUACACUCACUUUGACAUUGUUUCAUGGUUCCUCCAAAAAGGUAUUGCUAUUUUCAAACCUCUUUGGAUGCAUAUAUAACAGACUCCUUUCCUUAAAAAAAAAAAUACAUUGGAACUCUUCGGCGUUAAAAACCUUGAGGGGCGAGACUCUGUUUCUGUAAAAACCUCAGCAUUUCAACAAUGGGUGCAGAGGCUCCAAAAUUCUCAUGCUAAAAAUUAAAGCCACUAAUGAGCAGUGUUAAAGGGACACUAUAGUCACCAGAACAACUACAGCUUAUUGAAUUUGUUCUGGUGAGUAGAAUCAUUACCUUCAGGCUUUUUGCUGUAAACACUGUCUUUUCAGAGAAAAUGCAGUGUUUACAUUACAGCCUAGUGAUAACUUCACUGGCCACUCCUCAGAUAGCUGUUAGAGAUCCUUCCUGGGUCAUGGCUGCCUAAAAUGCAUCCAAAUAUUCAGUCUCUCCUCCCUCUGCAUGCAGACACUGAAUUUUCCUCAUAGAGAUUCAUUGAUUCAAUUCAUCUCUAUGUGGAGAUGCUGAUUAGCCAGGGCUGUGUUUGAAUCAUGCUGGCUCUGCCCCUGAUCUGCCUCUUUGUCAGUCUCAGCCAAUCCUAUGAGGAAGCAUUGUGAUUGGAUCAGGCUAUCACUUCUGAUGAUGUCAGCACACUGCUUGUUUUUCUGAUUCUAACAGCAUGCAGAGUUACAGCUUCAAGCUUGAAUACAGUAAGAUUUUUGCUAUAUUUAUGGAGGCAUGAGGGGCCCAAGGGGGCUAAAUGGUGAUUUUAACACUGUAGGGUCAGGAAUACAUGUUUGUGUUCCUGACCCUAUAGUGAUCCUUUAAGCUUGGGGAUGUUGAUUUUUUGUUCUGGAUAGACCACGAUGAAACGACCACGAUGCUAUGGCUUAUUGUCAGUGUUCCAAUGGCGUCCUGUGGCACCUUUCCUAUGUCUGUUUUUACUUUAUCUAAUAAUUCUGUAUUUUACUGCAUUAACCACUGUUGAUCUUUUUGCUGUUCUUGAUGCUCAAGCUUAAAUUAAAGAAUGGAAAUAAAAAAUACAUAGGAAAAAGCAGAUUUCUAGCUAAAUGCCAAGUCCAGAACUUGGGACUGCGGCUUUUUUGUGCACUACAGCUUCCAUUGUGCAAUGUGUAAUUCAGGAAUAUUUCCUUGCUCUUUGCAUACUCAUUAUAGCUGGACAAUAAUGUUUGUGGUUGAGUGGUCACUAGGCCUUAGAGUGAGACAUGUUAAAGUAUGAAAAUUAAUUCAGAUGUAUAUUUUUUUUUUUGUGUGUGUUUAUUUGUUUAUUAUUAUUCAUAUUUUAAUUGAUGUAUAUAUGCACUGUCCCUCUUAAUAUGGCUAAUAUUUUAGAAACCACAAACAGUCUUUUUUGAGCAUGUUUGUUUUAUGAGAUUCUAUUUAUACAUUUACUUUAAUUAGAGCUAUAAACUCAUUUUACAGGAUAAACUUUAUGCUGUGACAAUAGCUCACAGUAUAUUCUUUGUCACUUGCUGAAUCUCUGACCUCCUAUAUUUUCGAGCCAAGGAUCUGUUUAAUUGAACUGAUUGUUCGUUAAAUGUUUCUUAUUCAGAUUUGGGCACAAGUGGCCUACGCAUUUCUUUUUCUACCCAAAUGCUUUUCAUUUUUAUUUAAAUGCAUUUAUAAUUUUUAAAUCUGAAUAAUUUUAAUUGCACAAUUUCUAAGUAGGUCUCUACUGCUUGUAUUUUUUUUUUUUUAUCCAAAUGAUCAAAAUAACCUUGUAUGCAACCAAAACCAAUCUUUUUAAUAUAUUAAAUUUUUCACUUUAAACUUUUUUCCAUGCUUUUUUUUGCUGCAAUUCAGAGUAUUGCCUUUUAUGGUGAAUUGGCUUAAACUUAAUAAGAUACAACUGCACAUAAACGCUGCAUGAAAACUGUGUUUUUGGACUGAGUAGAGAAAAAACAGAGAACGUUUGCUGGCACGUUGACUGAGUGGUCCUGUUCUGAAAGAAAUGUUUUGAGUUCUGGAAUAUUGAAGAAUUUAAACUGACCAUUUCUAAUCCCAACUGAGAGAGACCUUGAACAGGCCUAAAUUAGAGGACCUAUGUAGUCUAUAAACCAGCGUGGAUGUGGUAUCUGAUCAGUGGCAUGUCUGAUCAAACAGCCAAACGUCCACACUUAGGCAGGCUUUAAUAGAGCAUUGGAAACGAAGGGAAUAUAGCGCCUUACGUAAAUAUAUCUUACAUUUCAGAAAAAGGGGCAGAUUGAGCAUUUGUGCCGCACUGUUUAAUGAUAUUGGGUAGAUUAACCCUAUAGCGCUAACAUUUUGUACAUUUAGAUCAGAGUAUUGCUGAUUAAAAAUGGACGUAGAGUGAAGCAUUUUUAAAUAGCCAUCCUAAAAUGACACAUACUCUAGAGACAGAAUUUUAUCAUGUUAUAUUAUACUUGAUUAACUAUGUCAUGUGGAUAUUUUAUUUGUCCAAUAUGCCUUUUUCUCACUACAAUUUAAAUCAGCAGUGACAUACCAAGUCAAAAUGGUAUUCUGUGGUUACCUGGUAAUGUAAUCUCUGCAGACAAAUUAUAUAUUUUUUGUACAAUUUAUCAAUUGAAGCUUGGAUUUUGAAUCCACUGUCAGUCUGUAUUUCACAUGACCUGCAUUUAGAUUAAUAUUUUGAAAAUAAUACUGUAAGACUUUGAGGCCUCUUCAUAAAAACACGUGACUGCAAGCAAGCAUUUCAUAUAUAUAUAUAUAUAUAUAUAUAUAUAUAUAUAUAUAUAUAUAUAUAUAUAUAUAUAUAUAUAUAUAUAUAUAUAUAUAUAUACAUACAUUUUUUUUAAAUUUUUUUUGCACGCGGUUGAAGAGUCGUGGUAUAGAUUUUUGUAUUUUUAUUAUUUAAAACAAAUCACUGCCUAUACACACAAAUCAUUACAAAAUAGAUUUCAGGACACGCAAUUAUAGUAUAAUAGAAACAUUGUGCCGAUCAGAUCAUAAUUGGAAAGGGCAGAUCUACCCUAGAGAGCUCACAAUCUAAUUAGCAAUCUUUCAUUGGUUCACAUUACAACCUUAACAGCAGCAGCCUUGGAUAUCUCCUUAUACAGUAUCUCACAAAAUUGAGUACACCCCUCAAAUUUUUGUAAAUACUUUAUUAUAUAUCUUUUCAUGUGACAACACUGAGGAAACACUCUGCUACAAUGUAAAGUAGUAAGUGUACAGCCUGUAUAACAGUGUACAUUUGCUGUCCCCUCAAAAUAACUCAACACGCAACCUAGAAAUUUUGACUUGGGGUGCCUUGGGAAAAUUACUGAAAUAUUAAGGGCACCUUGAACCUAAGUUUGGGCACCACUGGUUUAGACAUUAAUGUCUAUGUGUUAAGUUAUUUUGAGGGGACAGCACAUGUACACAUUGUACACUUGCUACUUAACAUUGUAGCAGAGUGUAAUUUCUUCAGUGUUGUCACAUGAAAAGAUAAAAUAUUUACAAAAAUGUGAGGGGUGUACUCACUUUUGUGAGAUACUGUAUCUGCAUACAGUAUAUGUUUAAUUUGAGCAUUGAUUUGACACACAUAUGACAAUCCUGCUUGUGAAUAGACUACAACUCUCAUCAUCCACUGUCUGUAACUGGCUCUCAGGUCUGUUUUGUUUUCUUCUUUUUUUUUCCUCAUGCUUUAUUUUUGUCAUUCACCAUGAGGAGAUUUUUUAAAAUGAUAAAAGUAAAGAAUUAACUGAAUACAUAUAUGUCAGGUCUGUUUGUAAUUCCAUUUCAUUUACAGUUGUAUAAUUCUACCAGACCGGUAUUAGACCACUAACACUGAUUUGUUUUUGUGCCUUGCUUAUAAAUCUGAUUGCAGUUGGCUCUUUAUUGCAAAUAUUGUUUUCAUUGUACCAUGACCUUAUGAUUUUGACAAACUACAACUCCCAUGAAUCUUUGUCAUUCAGUUACUUGGUCUUUCUCUUUUUAUAUCUGUCAAACAACUCCUAAUGAGGGUCGUAGUCCUCUAGCUGCUAGAGAGGUCCUGUGAACUUGCAGAAUGAGGCCUAGAUUGGCUAUAAUAGUUAAACCCAGUUGCAAAUUUACUAUUUACAGAAACACAAAAUCACAAGGUUCGAACUAAAUGGUUUAUCUGCUUUGUGCUCAUAGAACAUUAGUUUGUAAUUAUCCAGUAUUGUAAUGCAAUUCUACAUUACUGGAUAUUUGGAGUCCCAGGAGCUGACAUUUAGAAUUUGUGUACUAACAACUCGAUUGUAAAUGAAUACCGAGAUAAUAAUAAAUUAAAUGUGUUCGAACUUGCCUAGUCUGUUUGUGAUCAUAAUUUGUAUCCUUCAUCCCAAGUAAAAAUGAAUAAAUCAGAAAUUAUUUUUGAAGAGCAGUAUCUGCUGGUUAUAGAUUUAGAAUCUAUUCAGUUGAGUAUGGCUGAUUUUAUUUUUUAUUUAAAUAACAUUUCAUCACUUAAAAGGUUUCUGCUCUUGAAAACUUGUAAACACUUUACAUAUUUUCUAUACAAAGGUGACCUCCAUAGGGCAAUACCCCUACUGAAAUAUUAACCCCUUAAGGACACUUGACAUGUGUGACAUGUCAUGAUUCCCUUUUAUUCCAGAAGUUUGGUCCUUAAGGGGUUAAUAAUUCCCAAAAUUGCAGAAUGCCUACAAUUUUGGGGAAUGCAAAGCAUGGCAAUUUUACCCUAAACACUAAUAUUUGGGGUAUAUUUUUACUUGAGAGAUCUGGUGAAUUAAUUUAAAACAUUUUAAAAAAACAAUGUUAGUUUAGUGUCAAAAUAUGCAUGCAGCAUCACAAUUCAGAGAAACGAUUUUGUAAUUCACUACAGGGUUUAAGAUGGAUUUGUUUGGCUGUUAAAAUAAAGAACAUAAGUAAAAGCAAGAGGUAACACUAUUUAACUUGAUGAUCCAAUUAGAAGAGAACUUAAUGUACAGAGGAAUAGCAUGUAUCUUUACAGUGCCUCCUUGGCAAUUGGCUAGCUACUUUAACAGAACGCAGUGCCCCAUUUGUUAAGUGCUUUUGUAUAACAUCAGAUUGAAUGACUGUUUCACUGAUGCCAUCCAGAAGAAUUGUUAUGUCAUUUCUGCUGAGUAUAGUAACUUCCAUGUGCUGAUCCUACUGCCUUUUUUUGUAAUUUUAACAGAAACCUGAGCUACAACAGGCUGAAUGAGAUCGAUCCGGCCGCCUUUGUCGAGCUGCAUAAGCUGCAGGAAGUGUAAGUAUUCAGAGGGUUUUUAUUUAUUUAUUUUUUAAAUUUAUUGUUCACUUUGAUAUUUCUGAAACCUCACAAGGAAAUGUGAAAUCCGACAACAUCCCGGGAGAGCCAUCUUCUGUAGCUUCACUUACAUCAAUGUGAUUGAUAUUGAGAUAUAUAUUUAUUUAUUUUUACGCGCACACACAAAAAUUGACAAUUUGAUUUAACCAGUGUCCAGCUGUGUAAAACUAUCUUACACUUUUAGAGCCAUCAUGGCGAUUUCUCUGCUUGAAUAUCUCGUACAGUACUGAGCUCAGCAUGUAAACAUUUGGAGCAAGUUUAAAACAUGACAAAUGAUUCUCACUGAUUAAAAUUCUUAAAUUAUAUUUUUGUACAGUGUAAACAUGUCCUAAAGAAAAUAAAAUUGCCAGAGCUGAAAGAUUGUGUUCCCAUAACUUUCCCAGAACGCCUUGCAAAAUAUGCAAAUAAACGUAGGCGACAUUGCUGGAUCGAAAUCUGAGAAAGUGUUCGUGCUGCCUGGCCUUAUUCACAUAUUUACUUGGCAUUCCUAAAGAGUUGGGAAUCCUCAGUCUUUCGAGGCUGCUGUGCCUGGGAUCUCCAGGUAGUCUAGUGAACAUGUAGUGAUCUCUUUUUUUUGAGUGCACAGAUAACCCGUAUUCUUCUAGUGCACUGUUUGUCCACUGUAGAUGUGAUAACAAGCAAUGCUGUGUACUGUCUUGCUAGAUGUUGUUCAACUCUAUCAGCACGGCUUCUUCAGCAAUCUAAGCAGGCUGCAUGCAAUCGGCUGCUAUAUCUUUACAGACACUUCCAUUUUUUGACUAGUCACACUCAUCUUGAUUUCAUACUUCCCAAAACUGAAAAGUAUAUCUAAUGGAACACUGUGGGGACAUUUUAUCUAGUUAUAAAAAGUAGUGACAAAAUGGAAAAGAGUAGGGUCACCAAUUAAACCUAAUGGUUCCACUGGGUUCUGUGGUGAUUGUCCAACUUUUGGUAAUUUAUUUAGACCACAUUUUAGAACAACUGUAACAGUAAUACAUCUUUCCCUGUGUGUGAGUUGGAACAGAGAAGACUAAUAUAUACGAACAGAUUUCCUGUUCAAACUGCUAACACCACUAGACAUUGGACUAAGGAUCUCUACUGGGGAAAAAAAAUAUGGCCCUCCCCCACUGCCUUACACUUGUGAACAUGUGGAACUUUUACAAAACAUAGAUGGUAACUCUCUUAAUUUGUUCUGGAUUUGUUAAGCUGCUAUUUUAUACCAAACAUGGGAAAAGAGCAGAAUAAGAUUUCCUGUUUCACCCCCAGCUGGUAAAAUAAUGCCCUCUCCUACCCUAUUAUCUUUUAUGCUCCAUUCAAAUUUCCGUUUACUGGAUCUAGUCCAACGAUGUAUACAGAGCAACUCUGAAUUAAUCUCUUACUUUUUGUAAAGGUACUUUUUAUUUUUUUUUUAAACCAGGCACCAGCUGGGCUGUAAAUAUUUGUUAUUCUUUAGUCUUCCUUAAUACAAACGGCUUGAAAUCCCGAAUACCUUUAAAACUACUAACAAAUGCAUAGUCCUCUUUGGUGGCAGAAACACGUCAGGUUAGAUGUGAUGCAGCCCAUGAGCUGAGGCACGUCAAUGAAAGAAUAACUUAGUUUGCUAUCAUAACAUUGUGGUGUAUAACCUGCAGUCGCUUAUCCUGCACUAAACCAGACAGCAGCUAAAAUUGUCUACGAUUGUUACACCUGACAAAACCAUUUACUGUGACAUGACUUAAUGGAUAAUAUAAGCUUUACAAAUCAUUUUAACAGCUGACAGUUUAACCAUUACUAUAUCAGACAUUUGAUGUUGUCUUACAGUAAAAUGGAUGUCACUCUGAUGUUAGUAUCUAACAGCUUGAUGACUUUGGACUAAACAAAGAUGAUAUUUCUACGUACUUGCUUGCCUCUUUGAAAUAGAUGCCCAGAGACCCUUCCCUACCCAAAGCUGUAUAUAUUUCCUGGAAGAAUUAAAAAAAAGUUUAAAAAGAUUGAUUUUUAUAGCCACACGGCAUAUUUGUCUUACUGCUACUAUUUUUGCUUAUGUGCUUAUUCUUGUGUAACAUUAAACCAGCACAAGAUUGCUUUUUCAGCAGACCUCAAAUGAGGUAGACUAAUGAAUAUGAGUUUGGAACCAUAUAAAACUGCAAAUGAUACCAUACACAUUUGUUAUACAUCCCUUUGCCCUGUUACUUUCUUGGGUCUUUGUAUUUUCCAAUUAUUAUAUAUUUUCAUGCUACAUUUAUUUACCCAUUGCCCAGCACUACAGAAAAAUGUAGGCCCAGCACUAGGAAAAAUGUAAGCGUUCUACAUAUAUAUGUGUGUAUGUGUAUAUAUAUGUGUUUUUACCUCCUUAACAAAGUAAGAAAAUGUUCUAGUGGGUAAAAUGGGUGUCAACAAAUUCAGUUUGUUGAUCUUGUAAUUCCUGUUCUAAAAUAUAUGAUUUUGGGAAAAGACCGCUAUUGCUAACUAAGAAAAAUGUGAAUUCAGUGUGCACUAUAGGUACCUUCCCAGCAGUUUGGAUGGAAUUGAGUGGUAAUUGCUUCAGUGUGGUACAAAGGGGAUUCAACGAGGGUGGCCGUGAGGCUAGUCCCCAUUCAAACAGACGGUUAUGAAAGGACAUUGACUGAAUUUUUCACCUUCAAUUACUACUUUAAAUGAAGAAAAACGUAUUUUAGGAACUUUGCAGUUACUAUUUACAUGUCACAUCCAUUUGUUGAAUUCCUGGGUAAAUUGUCAGAAAAUCCAAGAAACGCAAAUGGCACCGAGCAGGGUGAGAGUAGUAUUCUACUUCAUCUGAAAUACCAAGGAUAGGAUAUAAAAAUGUUCUAUCAGUAAUUCUUUCAUUAGCAAGUUGUAAUGAGUUAAAGGAAUUCUAUAAUGCUAGGAAUAGAAAUCUAUAUUCUUAACACUAUAGUGCCCUCUCUUCCCCCCCCCCCUUGCAGCCCCCCCGCCAGCAUAUAAAGGGUUAAAUAACCAUUUAUUUAGGCAUCUGAGUAAAACUGAGGGACUGGAUCAGUGAUCCUUCUCCAACGUCAUCUUAUGGGGGAACCUAAUGCGUAGCGAGACAGUCUAACUCCUGCAAAGUAAUCAUUACAGUUUCUCAAAAAAUGAUUUACAUUGCAGGGUUUAGCGGACAAGAACACUGCACACAGCAACUUUAAAUUAGAAGAGGUGGUCAGGCUGCCUAUAGUGUCCCUUUAAGUACACACUUGUAAAAAAUGAUGCUAAAGGAGCCAAGCUAGAGACAUCUACAAUCAAUUCAAAUUGUAUAGUUCAUCUGUCAGGUCACCACAAUAUAGUGUUCAGUGAAUGUGGACCCAACCUCAGUGAAUCCCACAAGUCAAAAUAAGUGUUAAGGGACAUUCACGGUUUAUGCAGAACAAAUAUGAAACACAUUUAGUUUCAUCUAAACAAUGGGAUCGUGACUUAUUAUGGAUUUUCAAUGCAAGCAGAGAAAAGAAGUCUUUCAAGGGGAGAAUUAUUGAAAUCUGCUCGAUGACCUUUGUAGAACAUCUGUAGAUACAAAUCACUUUGCCAAGGCAGGAUAGACUGUUCUUUCUUCCAACGAAAGCAUACCUCAUUCACUUUGAUAUUUUAUGAUGAUUAGCCUGCUAAAUCUGAGCAUUUUUCAUUGGCCCAGUUUAUUUUUAUACUGUUAAGACUUGCAACCUGCGAGAUGUAGUCAUUCUGAACUAAAAUAUUUGCAUACUUUUAUAAUCAUGUGGAAAAUAUGGUAGGCGAAAAAUACAAAUGAAUGUAUACAUAUGUAGUUUAUAUGUGUGUGCUACCUCUGGAAAGCAAUGUUAGGAUAUGAAGAAUGACUUGGCAGGUUUAUUAGAACAGGUUUUCCUUUCAUUUUAUUUUUUUCAUUAAGUUAUUAAGUCUCAAGGAACUUAAAGGACCACUAUAGUGCCAGGAAAACAUACUUGUUUUCCUCGCACUAUAGUGCCCUGAGGGUGCCCCCACCCUCAGGGUCCCCCUCCCACCUGGCUCUGGAAGGGGGAAAGGGGUAAAAACUUACCUUUUUUCAGUGCUGGGCGGGGAGCUCUCCUCCUCCGAUCCUCCCCGUCGGCUGAAUGCGCACGCGCAGCAAGAGCUGCGCGCGCAUUCAGCCGGUCGCAUAGGAAAGCAUUCAUAAUGCUUUCCUAUGGACGCUUGCGUGCUCUCACUGUGAUUUUCACAGUGAGAAGCACGCAAGCGCCUCUAGCGGCUGUUAAUGAGACAGCCACUAGAGGCUUUGGGGGAAGGCUUAACCCAUUGAUAAACAUAGCAGUUUCUCUGAAACUGCUAUGUUUAUAAAACAAUGGGUUAACCCUAGAAGGACCUGGCACCCAGACAACUUCAUUAAGCUGAAGUGGUCUGGGUGCCUAGAGUGGUCCUUUAACCUUGCCUGAAGGCCCUCCCAAAAUGUCACUUUUUAAUGUGCCAUCAUGAGAUUUUGAUGUGGCUGCAUCUAAAUUGCAAUAGCAAAAUGGAAACCUGUACUUUUCAGUGAGACCCUACCAUCCAUCCAGAAGUCCCGAACAACUAACCAUUUACUAUUACUAUUAGACUCUGUACCCAUAUAUAAAUGUGAUUGGUUGGCCCAACCUGUUCUACAGAGAACUGACACCGAGUGUAUGCUUCUUUACUACAACAUGAUACAAAACAAAUGUUUAAGAGAGAUGAUUGAACAGGAACAUUUUCUCUAGUUAUUUUUCAAUAAUUAUUAUGUUCAUUUUAUUUCAGGCUUUUGAACCACAAUGAACUCUCUGAUAUCCCGUCUCUAGGAGAAGCAUCUUCUAAGCUGAUAUCACUUUCUCUGUAAGUUAUACAUCAGUUUGGGACCCUUUGUUAUGUAUCUAUGUAUUUAUUUUAAAUUGUUUGAGGAGUGGAAUCCUCACUGCAAAGGACUUUGGCAAGGAAAUUAAUGUUGUAUUCAUGAAGUUGAAUUUUGUUGAUUCAUUUCUGUAGUCCGGCUUAAACUUUGAGUUGGUGUUCUGCAGGUGUGAUCCUGCAAAAGUAUAGGAGGUCUAAGUCCCACGUCUGCACACGUUUAGAUACAUAUGCAGUGCAACUGUUUCCUACUCCAAAGGAAGCUAUGUUAUUGCAGUUUAACUCCCAUUGUUCAGCCAUGUAUGUAGAAGGCUGGGUGGAUUAAGAGUUUUAUAUAGUGGCCUUUGGGUUUGUGCAUAUAUAAUUUGUAAGUUUAUAUUUGAGAAAAACAAGGCAAUGAUACCCUGUAACAGCUUAGAUGCUUGGUGUCAAUAAUAAUAGAAGCUACGUAUGUGAUAUAUAUUAUUUAUAUAUAAUCUAUAUUAUGGGAAGAAGUGCUUAUAGCAAGGGCUAAAAUAUGUGUGUGUUAAGCACAUAAUCUACAUUUUCUAAAAGGCAAUAAAUCUAUCAAUGUCUGACAAGUGUUAAAAAAUAACUUUCUAGUUUGCAUUGCUUGAAUACUUGCAAUCAGCCAAAUAGCCCCUGUACACAUACUUAAUAUUUACAGGGUUUGACAAAUGGCAUUUUUUCAUAUGUGUGUUUGUAUAUGUACACUAAAUUAGACAGUUGCUCAUACAUAUGCAUAUACAAAUUCGAUAAUCUCUCAUAUGAAUCGCCAAACAAAACCAGCAAUUUAUUGACCUAUGCAUGCAUGUACACAAGGAGACAGACACACAUAUUCACACAAUAUUACAGCUUCCUGGUGCAAUCAGUUGUCAUGUAGUAGUGGAGAUAGAUUACUCCCUACAACAAGCAUCACACUCUCUUUCUGCUCAGACAGUUAGGGGAUUUGGAAGGAGAAUACACUGCUCAGGUGAUCUUUCUUGACUUGCAAGGCCUUGAUUUUGAGGCAUAAUGGUGCCUUGACUUGCAGCCACAUCUUAAGAGAAAUAAUAUAGAAAAUAUUGAACUUCAGCCCUUCUUAAAGGCACAAAAGGGAUUAGUUGCCAAAAUAUUGCUGUCACUUUUCCAAUUCCUGUCUCUUAGAACCACAAAUUUAAUAAGCCACUGCAAGCCAAACCUGACAAUCCUCCCUAUAGCGUUUGGAGCUGAACUGCCUGUGUUGGUACCCCUCCUGUGUCCAACCUAGUAUGGGGGUUCUAAAAUCUAUGAAUCCUUCCUUUUCUCAAACAAGCCAUGUCUGCAGCAUACAAGUUCCUCCCCACCCCUCCACACUUUACUGAAAGUGCGAGGGGACUAUGUUUUUUCCUUUCUGUUGUGCCUUCAAGCCCCAUAAAUGAGCUGCAACUGCAAGUGUUUUAUUUUAUAUAGAUUUCACGUGCAUUUUCUUUGACACACUGCAGGUGUUUCAGAACUACAUUUCCCGCAAUGCUUUGCAAAAAUUUUGACCUCACGGAAAAUGUUAACAAAACUUUUGCAGUGCCAAGAUUAGAUGUAAUUGACACACAGACAGCCACACCGGUACUUCACAGCGCUGAAUACCUACAGCCCUUUACUUUACACUCAUCUGAACAUGAUUCAUGGUGAGCUGCAUUAAAUCGUCAAUCUGCGUAUGAAUCCCGUAAGCCCAUAUCCAACUUCCUGCACUUGGUCACGUACGUAAGGUCUAGAAAUAAUACAGUGUUUGUUAUAACGGCAAAUUCUUGUUAUAAAAGUAACGAUGGCUACAAAUUUCGAUCCUCCCAAACAGAUAGAAAAAGGUUGUGUCUGAGAGACUCAGAUCUGGUGAAAUAUGUUUGCAAAGAUCUGUAUGCUUCAUUAAACCUUUGGAUCCAUCCUUUAUGUAGCCAGGAAAUGCCUACACUCAAAUCAGUUCUGUUUAUUUUAAGUUGGUUACAGAGGUUAUUACUGAUCAAACUAGAAUUUAAUCCCACAGCAUUAUUGAUUGCUGUUUCGUUAGGAGCUAGAACAUUCACCUUUUUCUUGUCUUUUUUUUUUUUUUUUUUUGUCUUCGGUUGAAAUUUGCUCACCUGUGUUUACUUUUAAAUGGAAUUGAAUCAACAAGUAUGGUUAGGGUGAAUUGGCACAGUGAGCUAUUUAUAAAAUUGUUGAUAUGGCUUGUAGAUCUGAGAUUGAUGCUGGCAGGUGGCCACAGUUUCAAAAAGUAUUGUGCUCUUGCCAAUCUGCACAUUUCCUUAUUUGUAACAGCUAAGCUUUAAGUCCGCAAACUUUUUUUUUUUGUGUGUACACGUAAAUGCACUUUUAGUCAAGGGAAUUCAUUUAAUCAUGUUUCUAUCUUUGCAUUUGGCAUAUUUUUUUUUCACUGCUUACUUAUUUAUCCUAAUUGAAGAAAGGUAGAAACCCCCCCUGAUAUUUUAACUCUGUUCCCUAGAGCUGACAAAAUGUGCAUUCAUGUGUGAAAAUAAAUAAAUAAAGCAUUUUCUAUGUUAAUUUCCUCCCUUCAUUUUGUGAAUAUCUUUUUUAAAGCAGCAUUCUAACUAUAAAAAUAAAUGUUUUAUUUUUAAAGUUAGAAUGCUCCUUUUUUAACUUUAGAUCCAGAGCGUCCCACUUUUUGUUUCAAAUUAAACCCCCUCUCCACAAAAACAAAACGAAAAAAACUUUAAAUUUACCUGUAAUUCAGCGGUAGGACAGUCUACUUGCUAUGAGUUCAUAGCUAUUCCUAGAAUGUGACUGAUGAUCUCAUAUCCAAUCAGAUGGUCUGAUGCCUUUCAUAGAGAAGCACUCUAGACCUACAGCACAUGUGAAGCAAUCUUUCUCCAUGGAGGUUUGGCAAUGUUCAAUGUGAGUGAAGACCAUUGCAAAUUGAAGGCCUUAAGGGAGCACUAUAGUGCCAGGAAAACAAACUAGUUUUCCUGGCACUCUAGGGUUAUUAGGUCCCCCCCCCCAACCUCAGGGCCCCCCUCCCGCUAGGCUGAAGGGGUUAAAACCAGUUCAGCCACUUACCUUAAUCCAGCGCCGGGCUGCCUCGGCACUGGUAACCUCUCCUCCCCCGCCGAAGUCAGCUCCCAAGUGAAGCCGAAAGCGCAGAGCCACGCGCAGUGCUUUCCUAUUGAUUUCAGCGUACUCAAUGCGAUUUUCGCAUUGAGGAUCGCGGAAGCGGCCUCUAGUGGCUGUCAGGGAGACAGCCACUAGAGCAGGGGUAGGCAACCUUUUAGCAGCACUGUGCCGAUAUAGGAUUGUGAUGUCCCGUAGCGUGCCGAUUCUAUUUUUUUAAAUUGAGGUGUGUAUGCUGCCGUAUUCUGCUUAUUAUUUUUACUGUAAUUGCUUUGUAUCGUAUUUGUGCGUAUAUGAGCUUUUAUAUUGUAUAUGUUCAUUAGUAGUUUAUGGUAUCAUGUAUGAUACAUAUGAAUGUGGACUGUGUAUGAGGGCUGCUUGUGGAAUUGUGUGUGGAUGGAUAUGUCACAUUGUGUGUUUGGUAGUGUGUGGGGGAUGUUUGGGGUAUUGCAUGUGAGAGGCUGCAUGUGGGAUUGUGUGCAUGUAUGUGGAUUGUUAGUGGUGUUGCGUUUGUGGGGAUUGUGUGUAUGUUUGCGUGUGGGCUGUUCGUAUUAUUUGUAUGAGGGGAGGGUUAUUCUGCAUUUAUGUGUAUAUCUAGCAGUGUGGGUGGCUUCCCUAGGUUCCAGUGGGGACCAGGCCGGCCAGGUAUAGCUCAAGUAUAGGAGCUGCAACAGCUGCUGCAGGCUGCUCUGCUACAGUGUGGAAUCCCAUUCACAAGUGCUGGGAGGAAGUGAUCUGCAAUGCAUAAAUUGAGGAUUGUCCUUCACCACCUCUUAUUAGCAGAUGUCUGAAGUUUUACUGGGACUCCUGAUAGGACAGACCCUGUUUGGCUCUAGCAGCCUUGAGUGCCGUGCAAAGACACCUCGAGUGCCGUGCAUGGCACUAGUGCCGUAGGUUGCCUACCCCUGCACUAGAGGCUGGAUUAACCCUGCAAUGUUUUCAGCUGCAGGGUUAAAUCUAGGGGGACCUGGCACCCAGACCACUUCAUUGAGCAUAUAGUGCCUAUAGUGGUCCUUUAAGCAAGAAUGCUUCUAGUUGUUAUCUGUCUGACAACCACUAGAGGUUUGUUCUUGGACAAAUGUAACUUACUUGCAUAAGUAAAGGGAUUGCAUAGAUGCACCAAAACCACUACAUGUAGAUGCAGGGUCUCCAUCAGGGGUGACAACCAUGACGGUGUAGCGUCGGAAUUGCCACCGGUGCAGUUGCACCGGGGCCCGCACGCUGACGGGGCCCAUCUGGUGGCUCACGCACUUAGGGCCACCCAAUGCGCCAUAUAUCUUCAGGGGCCCGGUCAGCGAUGUGGCCGUGUAAUAGCGCGAAUGGGCCCGUUUAAAAAAAAAAAAAAAGUGGUAACUUCCUCCCAGCUCACUCUGCGCGGGAGUACCGCCAGCCAGGCUGUGAAGAGGGAGAGCCAGCCGACUCCUAUCAGCCCCAGCCACCCUCCUGCAAAGAAAAGGUUAGAAACAGGAGGGUGGCUGAAAAAUUGUGUGUGUGUGUGUCAGUAUGAACUUGUGUGCAUGGAUGUCUGUAUAUAUGCAUGGAUGUCAGUGUCUGUAUGCAUGUAUGUCUGUAUGUCAUUGUGUGUGUCUGUAUGUCCUCAUGCAUGUGUGUCUGUAUGUAUGUAAGUAUGUGUCGGUCUGUCAAACUGUAUGCCUGUGUGUCUGUAUAUGUGUGUAUGUCUCAGUAUGUGUGUGUCAGUAUGUAUGCCUAUAUGCGUGUAUGUCUGUUUCAGUGUGUGUGUAUCUGUGUCCUUUUGUAUUAGUGUGUGUUUGUGUCUGUGUGUGUGUAUUCCUGUGGGUGGGAUUUAGAGGUGUGCCCCACGGGGCCCAGACCUUGAGCUGAGUUAGGGGCCCCAAAAUUUCUGAGGCGGCCCUGUGUAGAUGUAGUAGUUUUGUUGCUUAGUGUAUGUCUUUAAAAAAAAUACUUAUUUAAUCCUUUGUGCAUUUAAUUAUUCUCAGGGUGUAAAUGAAUCCAUAUACUUUUAAUUCCUUAAUAUGUAAGAAGCUAGACAAAUCUAAGUAUACCAUAACACAAGUCAUGUCUUUGGUCAUCAAGUGUGUAAUUAAGCUGGUAACUAUCGCAGUAAAUAUGCAAAUGAUUAUAUGUAUGUUCAGUAAAUGGUAAAUAUGUAUUUAUACUUUUGGUGAGUAUAUAUGUGUGUAUAUAAAUAUAUAUUCAAUAUGUUGUUAAACAAACAUCUGCACACACCAGUCAAGCCAUAAGAAACUUCACAUUUGCCUCAUUAUUCCACCUUAUACAUGAAUUCCUCUGAGUUUGUUUGCUGUGCACAUCAGCUUUGCAACACAACUCAGAAAGAGAUGCAGAGCCAGUAUAUAUGUAUGAAUGUAUAUAUAUACAUUAUCAUACAAUAUUCUCAUACACACUGUACAAUUCAGUGGAUUUUAUUGCUGCAGAGCUCUGUGAGUAUAUUCACUAAAAACACAAAACUUAAAGGUAUAGUUAGUCCGUUAGGAAUUCCCCAUGGUACAGUGUCAAAUUGUUAUAUUUGGCUUACAUUCUCAUCCAGUAAUGUCCAAACUUGCACACAAUUGAAUUUGCUAAUGGGGCAAUUAUUAACUUCCACUUUAAAAAGUACUAUUGGCAUCAGACAAGCCAUUGAUAAAUAGUUUGAUGACGUACUGUUGUAUGGUGCCUUGGUAAUCAUGGCACUAUAGCCACUACAGUGUGCUGUCAUGGUGAUGGUGCUUAGAAUGCCCCUUUUGGGAGAAUGCAUGUGAUACAAUCAUACACAACACAUCUUACUGUGAAUGCUAUUGCUAUGGAACUCCACAAUGCACCUGUAUACACCACCAUACAUUAUGUGUUUUCUAUGUGAGAAAGCUGUGAUACGCUUAUACACACAAAAUAUACCAAGCCUCUAGAAAAAGAGGGACAUAGAUUUUAGUUUCAAAGUGCAGCACAUGAGAGGUAGGUAUUUCGUUGUGUACACACCUCCUGUAGUGUUAUAAUUAUGCCUCGAGAAAAGAAACAGAAGGAGAUAUUUUGCUAGAAUUUGUGGAAAACGGGAUUAGGCAGUUCACAAAGGGAUACACUGCGUCUAGCCAUGUAUUUACUGCUGAAACAAAAUCAAUGAGAGUACUUUGCUGCUACACAGAGUAUAAAACUCUAUUUAAAAAUCAAUCUCUUUUACAGGCUAAUUAAUGUAAAGAUCAAUUUGCAUUUAACUGUAAUUAAACCAAUAGACUAUCAAGAUCAGGUUGAUUUAUAUGCCGUACUGGCAGUGGGAUAUAGACAGAGCAUUACAAUUGAACUGGAGAAAUAUCUUUAAACUGAGUACGUCCACUGAUUAAUAAUACAUUCAGUACAAAACAAAAACAGAGUAAGAUUCUGAUCUCCAUAUUGUGCUUUAUACUAUUAACUAGCGCAGUCACAGAGGGAUAAUUGUAAACAUAAAUAGUUUUCCAUAAAGGGAAGGAAAUUUGAAAUAUUAUUUAUUCAAGACAGCCAUGUUUCUAGUUCAGAUAAAAGCAGGGUGAUUUUAUAUAUUUCACAAAAUACACACUGACACACAUUUUCUUACAUAUAAGCAUACAAGCAGUGUACACAGACAGAGACCCUAAUAUACACAUAGACAGGCACUGUACACAAAACAGACAUUUAGUGUCAGUGAAACGAAUACACAUAGACACUGCACACAUGCUACACUAAUAUUGUAAACGGACACAAACAUGCAUUUGCAAUACUUUCACACAAAGAAACCCUCACAUGUACCGAUAAUUUAUAAAUAAUAUUUUAUUAAUUUAAAAAGCCACUUACAACUUGAACAUUUACUCUGAGACAAUCCGAGCACCAAUACAACAUUAAUGCAAUUGCUAGACUUUGUCCUCAUUAAUAUGCAUGCCCAAAUAUUUAUAGUAUUUUCACACAAAAAAAUAAUUAUUUUGUAGAAUGCUGCACCGUAAACCUGCCUCAUUAGCCAUGCUCCCUCAUUCCAGAAAAAUACUUCCUUAUUGAAUAUAUAUGUAGACAGCUCAGUUAAUGACAGCACUGAGUGAUCUGAACUCCAAAACAUCCUGCAUUAGAAGGAGAGGACCUAAGCAUUCAUAUAGUAAGGUUGUCACUACUGUGUGUAGUUUCUUUGACUUUCUGUAACUAUGUUGUGAACUAAAGGAACACAGGGUGCUGUUGUGAUUAUUGUGUCAGGAGUGCCGUUGCAACUCUCCAUCGCCCUCCAGUGUAAGUAGCCAAAGCAUUUUCUUAUGGUUUGACUUUGUAUCUGGGGUCUGCCAGUUACCACUCUCAGCCUCCUCACAGUCGGAAGCUUCCUUCACUGAGCUAAGCCUGGCCGUGCACCGACUGAUGCUGUCAGCCACUAGGCUGUCCAUGCAUGGUAGAGCUUGGCUCAGGUGAGCUAAUGAAAAUUCUGGCUCCGAGGAGUCUAGGAGCAACUCCUAGCGACACCAAGCAAGAAGCAUUAGCACUUGGGGGAGGAUGGGGAAGGGGGUCACUACAGGCACCAUAACCACUAAAGUGUGCUGUAUUGGCUAUGGCGCUUGGUAGGUUCCUUAAAUUUCUCAUAGUUUUUUGUCCAAAAGCAUGUAUACGACAAUGUAGUCCCUUUUUUGUGUCGUAUAUCUUUGAAUUGUGUAUGGAUUUCCGUAAUAUGCCACUGUAGUGUAUGCAUAUUUUACUGGUCCUUUAAUGGCUACUCUGUGGAAAGCCCUAAAUGAUAACUUUUCAAGACAAGCUGUUAUCCUCCUACAUCGGCUCUACUAGUAAGAAUCUUGAGACCCACCACAGUGCAGGAUCUUCUCACAUGAACACACUUGAUCAAUUAGUGUGUUAGAUGUUGGCAGAUCUAUCUUUGCCAAUUAACGAGCCACCUGUGAAGUUACUCUGAGGUCCUGCUGCAUGUCUGAAAAACACUUUUGAGAACAUAUGCUCUGUGGAAUUCAAGUUCUCUUUGUCAGAGGCUUCUGAAUUGAGAGCAACAUUUCUAAGGAUCCCAUGGUAAUUCAGAGAGGUUUUGGGAGGUCUAUUCAAUAGUCCUUGAAGUCUUCACUGGAAUCUUUCCAUUGCUGAACUCUCAUUUGUAAUUCACAGUUCUUUAAGCACUCUGAAAUGUGUUUGCGUGUUGCACACUCAUCUACCAAUUAAAAAAAACUGCAUGUAAAAUCUACGUUUCACUUGUGAGAAGAAUUGAUUUAACUCUGUAGAAAUAUGUUGCCAGCAGUUUCAGUACCUUGCGCCUAUAGCGUUAUGAGCCUAUAACCCGUUGUAUUUUAGUUUAUAAUCUUAAAGGUCAGGAACCUGUUUACAAAAUGUAUGCAAAAAAUGAAGCACAAAAGAAAUUGUUUCUCCCAAGUUGGUUUUGUGAGUUUGUGUGUUUAAAUGUCCUUUCGCAGAUCCUUAACAUUCUGCUGUAGUAUAUAGACCUACACAUAUAAUAUAUGUGAACUGUUUUACAUUUUAUCUGACUCUAUGCCCUCGACUUUAAAAACAGCCUAUGGCAUUGUCAGAUUAAAACUGAAUAAUACCGUAUGUGAACCCUCUACAUCUGUUUUACACAUGGCCAAUUUCUUUAUUAUUAUUUUUUUGUUUGUUUUUACAUUGAGCCAUUAUCCAUCCUUGUACGUCUGCCACUACAUUGUUUUUGUUUUGUUUUGAUUUUAUAAUAAUUCUGCAUUUUCUGCUUGCCAGAGAUUAUGAUGGCUGUAGGCACAGCUGAAUUGGGUCUAAAUCAUUGACCUAAUCUCAUUAAUUCCCACACUGCCUUAAAGUAAUAGUUUGUUAAUGUUGAAAAUAUGUCACUUUAGUCCAUCCAAAUGCUCCGGCGUAUAUAACCAUCAGUAACAGAGUAUUUUACCUCAUGUUACUCAUUAGAAAACAAACUAGUUUAAUCAAGGAUAGCACUCAGUUGAAUUGCUUACAUGCGGCACAUUUGGUUGCAAUUAUGGAUCUGGCACUUAAUCACAGUAAUAAUGAUGGUAUUUUCAAAAUACUCUAUUGCCGUAUUUGGUAUAUGCGAUUCACAAGCUGUUUUGAAUUAUUGAGCUGUGAUUCACUUUGAAAUUCCAUAGAAUGCAUCUGAUUGAUAUUACUAAACAUUUUGGAUUCCCUUUGGCUAAGUCACAUGACCUCAAAACUUGAUAUCAAAGUUUGCGUUCUUUACAAUUGAUACAGCUGGUGUCGAAUACAUAUAUGUUGUCGUUUACCCUUGAACGUGCCUGUCUCUACCGGUUUUAAAAAAACAUGCUGAAAUUGUCAUAGCAAAAAAUACAGAAUUUGGAUCUCUUUGUACUACCCUAUUUAUAAAAAAAAAACUAAAAAAACCCACAACCCUCAAGUGAAAAAAACAUGUCUUAAUAUAUAAUAAAAUGUGUAUAUAACAUGUGGACAUGGUUUGGAAGUUACUUUUCUAUUAGUUAUUUUUUAAAUGGUUUGUCUAUACACUAACUACUAAAUAACUACUACAGCUCGUUGCAAUGAAUCUGUUUUUUGUUUGUUUGUAUGUAUGUGUUAUUUACUUUUUGUCAAACUGGGUUGCACCAGUGCUCACAGCCUUUUACUGCCGUACUGAGUUAGACAGCGUUGGUAACAUUGUGAGAACUAGACCUUCCACACAGUUUGAGAUACAGUAGAGGGACCAGGUUAGUUACACGCAGAGCACCCCAGAUUUUGUGUAUCAACUCGUACUGUUUGCCAAAAGACACUGGGGUUGGCAACCGUAGACACUGCACCAUAUGCACUACACUACAUUUCACAGUGGGGUCUGCAGUUCUUAAGAUAUUUGUACCUACCUGCAAUGUUGCAAGUGAGAUAGCCAGAAGUUUGGCGCCUGAGGUACCCCUGGCUUGAGUCAAACUGCUGAUAUGGUUAUACUGCAUUUCAUGAACCUUUCUGCGUUUGGUUGUAGAGAUAGUCAUGUGCCUUCAAAGUGACUAUCUAAAUUAUUGGAUAAAGAGUAUUUUUUUUUUUUUUUUAUUCUUUAUUUUUGUGUGCAUAGAAAUAACAUCGUUGCAAACAUAGCCACAACAGCAAUUGCUCGCAGUUUUAUCAGACAUUUAAGAACAACUGUGGCAUUUAAUAACAUUGCACUUUUUAUAAUGCAUUUAACUUUGUAAGCAACAGUAGUGGUAACAUCUUUGUGCCCUCUGUGGGUAUGAGUAGCGUGUAGUGUUGCAGUCUAUGUAUCUGCCCUAGAGAGUUUUGCCCCGAACUGAUAUUCCAUGUGGGUGUAUUAGCGUGGUCCUUGUGUGACCGCCAGCGGGGGUGGGGGGUCGGUAAGACAUAGUAUGAGUAUGCGGCUUGUGGCAUGCUGUGCGGUAUACAUCUGCCUCCCAGUAUGGGUGUCUGUGGUGUAACUAUAGCGUUUGGUGGUAUGGAUAAAUAGUAUUUUUGUAUCAUCUGCCUGAUAAUAAGAAUCAUGUGGGGCAUUAACAAAAAACAAAACAAAAAAAAAUUACAUGAUGAUUUCACAAAACCUGCAGUUCUCUAUUUGUACGUUAAUCUGAAAACCUUGAAAAAGUUUUCUUCCAUAAAUAAGUCACAGUAUUUUGUAUGCAUACAGUUUAUAAACUAUGGACUAUAUAGAAUUCAAGUCACAUACCUCCCAAGUGUCCAUAUUUAGAAGGUACAUUUACUAUUUUGGUCCCAAACCCCAUCUGUCCCUCUUUUAUAGGUGCUCCAUGUUGUUGGUGUGUGAGUGUAUAACAGAGCUUCACAGCAAAAAUACUCACAGUAAUGUAAUUUUACACUACAAUAAAUGUUUUAACAAUCAGUGUAAAUAUAAUACAUUGUUCUUGUUCUAAAUUACAUUUUAGUUACAUAAAUUGUUAUUGGUAAGUGCACUAAAAUUUCUCAGAACAGCCCCGUACCUGGCUACUUACACACACCCCAAAAAUGAACGUGUUCCUCUUUGUCUAUUUGAAAUGUUGGGAGGUACGAAGGCAAAACUGCUGCUAUGCUCGGGCAGUUUCAAAAAGUCUAAACAUUUAUUCUAGUACACCUGCUUUGCCUUGAUAAAUAUAGUUUCAUGGAAUUUGUACUAAACACCCACAGAAAAAAAAACAAUAAUAAUAAUAAUUUUAAGGAAAUAAGCUGCAAUAAUGACUUUUAAGUCAUUUUUCACAAUAAGUCAAAUCAUUUUAGAAUGUUUUGACAUAUUACUUGGUGCCCCGGAGCCUCCAAUACGGCCUCCAUUGCUAAUAUAUAGAAAGCACACGUUUCUCUUCCACAAUAGAUCUCUGUUUCAUCCCUGUUUGGACAAAAAAUUAAUUGGGUGAGAGCAUCGAGUGAUGCUCUGAGCCAAUGAGUUCCUUUAAAAGAAGGGCGGAAUUGUCAUCAGUAAUGUGGAAGUAGAAAUGUCUUCAUUGCCCACAUUGGAAAAUGACGGUAACUGAGGGGACCAAGGUAAUUGUCAGUCAUGAUAACAUUUUCUAAUUAAAAGUAAAACGGAUUCAAAUGGGCAAUGCACAUUUACUUGGUUCAACAGCAGAUUAUCUAUCUAUCUAUCUAUCUAUCUAUCUCCAAUUAUUUAGAUAUAUAUUAUGCACUUACAGUAGUAUUGUUUACUAUAAUAAACUAUGUUUUAGCAAACAGAAAACUACUCUGUUUUGACAGAUGGUCAAGUGGGUCUGUUUUUAGUUUUGAUAAUUUGUAUCUUGUACACCCCAUUUAAAGUAGAAGAUGAUCAUGGAUAUAAAAAUAAAUUAAAUCAAGAACGAGCCCUAGUUUUUCCCCAGCUUAAUUUCUGGAUUCCAUGAUUGCAUGGAAGAAUUCACAAUUUCUUAGCAUACUAAUAUUUUUAUAUAUAUAUAUAUAUAUAUAUAUAUAUAUAUAUAUAUAUAUAUAUAUAUAUAUAUAUAUAUAUAUAUAUAUAUAUAUAUAUAUAUAUAUUCCAUCCCACUAACCCCGUGGGCAUCAAAAACAUUUUUCCAUUUCAGGUCAAAACAAAUCUAAACGUCAAGUUCCGUGGGAUUUGAAGUUGCUAAAUACUUUUAACUGUUUCAUCUUGACAGAGAAGUUUUUUCCUGGAAAAUACCAGUAAAAACAAAUAAUAGAGGGAAUUCUUUAAUCGUUGCAAGAAAGUUGGAUGAAUUUCAAACUUCGAUGUCAUUAUGAAACUGCAAAGGUGCUAAAGGUGAAUUUAUUUUCACUUGAUUGAGACUGUUCAAUUACACAGUUAAAAAGCAAUUUUCAAGCACUAUUUAAUGACUUACAGACUCUGGCAUGAAGAGAAGGCAAAUAUUGCUUAGUUUUUAUGCUGUUGUAAAAUAAAUCACUCAGCUCGUAACUUUAUAAUUAUUUUCUGUAUAGCGCUUCAACGUCUACAGAUCAUUGCAAAGUAUAACAUCAUAAUCCUUGUAAAUCUCUGAUCCAAUCGGUUUAUGAUCCUGUUUUUAUUAAUUGAAGGCUAAUAAAAGAAAAGAGCCUUUAUUCAAAGGGCAAUAAUGUAUUACUGUAAAAGCCCAGUAGAUGAGUACUCAGGCAUUUUUUUAACUGUGUGUUUGCUUGUUUGUAUUAAUUCAUAGAUUAAAAAAAAAAAAAAAAAUGUCCAACAAGGAGGAUGAUCACUAUUAAAUAUAAACGCCAUAUUUUGAUUUAUCAGGCCUGUAGUUAACGUGAUGGGGGUUAAAGCUCUUUGAAGAGCUCUGGAGAGAAUGUUUGUUGGGAACGUUAGGAACGGUUUUGGCUUUGACUCCCCUCAAACUGAUUGUCUGGUGAAGGAGAAACCCAUAUUGCAUUUGUACCAGUGACAGCUAAUUUUUGGCAGCUAAAUGCAGAGUGGUGGCUAACAUUUGGCUCUUUAGCUGUCCCAACCAAAUUUGUUUGGCCCACAUCAGCAAGCGUUUUCUACAUUAAGCCAUCAACACAUACUCUGCAGGGCAGAUUUGAAAUGUAUCAAAAUCUGCAUUCUUAUUAAAUGUUUUUGCAGAUAAAUGAAAGCAGUUCUCAGAAACCUCAACAGUACAUGAGUUAUGCAUUUUAUAGUUCUGUUCAUUUAGGGUACUAACAAAACAUGGACCAUUUGUGUGCCUUGAAGGUUUGCUUGGAGAUCACGUCUCUGGAACGUUAAUCUCAUCUGCCAUUGGCUGCCCAGUUACCCAUAUUUAAUUGUAUAAUCUCACAUAUACUGUAUAUUUUUUUUUUCUUUGUAAUUUCUAGACGACUAACUUUAAACAUGUCUGUUAUUACUUAGUGAGUGGAAACGCCUUUUCCCUGUACUGCAAAUAUUCACUCAAAUUACUUUGAGACUUUAGAGAAAGAAACAAUGUCCAGUCUGAUGGUUGUAGACAUCUAAUAUGCUUUCUCAAUUUUGGGAAGUUGAGAUGUUGCUGGGAAUUUUUGCAUAUUAGCCACGAUUGAGGAGUUUUCUUUGGUAUCUUCAGAAAUGGAGUACCAAAUUGAAAAUCCUGGAUUGCAGGCAGGAGUUCUGAUUCAAUAUUUUUGGAGCAUUGGCUAUGAAGCCUAACAUUAACUAUUUCCAUAGAAUAGCAAUAGAGACACAGUGCUCUAGUGUCACAUUAGUGGACAGAAAUACAGGAUCUAGGACCAGUUCUAGGUCAGCCACUUGAGAGAAGAUUUCCCAUAAAUUUAAAUUUAAUGUUUGCUGGCGAUGCUGGAGUGGGAUUGGUUUACUCUCACUAUUUGGCAAAGUUGUCCACAGAUUUAAUAUUUUUGAAACAUGGUAUAUGGAGAGCUUGCCAAGAUAAUAGGUGAGAUCCCCUCGUUGACACCUGAAUUUAUGCGGUUACACCAUUCCUCUUUGUCGCUCUACUCCUACAAAAAAUCCUGUUAUUUUGGAAGCCGAGAGCUGUACCCACCUCUCCAGCUGUGGCAGGCCAAGAGGCCAAAGUCAACCACAUGUAUUAUAUGGAGACCAUAUUAGAGUUGACCUUUACAAUAUAUCAGAACAGUAUUCCACCAGAUGGAUGCCCUGGCUCACAUAUAUGUCUAGGGUUCCAACAUGAGCAGGAGAUGAUAUUCCUCACCUCCUUCUCCCGCUCACACCCACAACCACACACUUCCCCCACUCCCCCCUCUCCUUUACCCUUUUGGGUUUCAGUUGUGACUGCCAUGUUUUCUUGGCUAGCAUGGCAGUUCUUUAUAUAUGAUUUUUUUUUUUUCCAUCAGGAAAAUCUAAGGAGGUAUUUGCUAUUGAAUAUGUAUUGGUACAAUGGGUGAAUGUGAACUUGUUGACUGUGGUGAUUUUCUUUUAUCAAAGUGAAGAUUGUCAAAACAAUUUAGAUAAAUAGUGUUCUUUCUAAGCUAAAGGCCUGUUAUAAAGCAUUCACCGUAAUUUGCUUCUACUCUUGCACUGCUUAUGGAUCACAUUUGCUAUCAUUUCUGGUUUUAUGGACGAGAGCAGGAAGGAAGAUAUUUACAGUUCCUACUAACAUAAGCUUCGUAAUCUCUAUCCUGACCAUUGUUGCAGGUUGCCCAAGUCUUCAAAGACCAUGCAACAUUAGAAUUCUUCAUUUGAGCAGAGUGUAAAUGUUUGCUUCCUGUUACUUUCAUUCUACGGUCUGCUUUUGAUGUUUUAUUUGACCAUGAAAGGCUUGCGGUAAUACAACAUUACGUCCCAAUUGUUUACAGAUAUGUUGGAUACCGCAAUCACAAUCUAAUGUGAAGUAAAACGGUCUUGUAUUUACUCAGCAGAAAAUAUUUAAGAGCAGUUUAUGUGAAUCCAUCAGACUUUGGUGAAAACACAAUACCCUAGUUGGAACAUAUGUCCAUUCUACAAACUCAGUUAUAUUAAAAAUAUUAUACAAAUAUAUAUAUAUAUAUAUAACAAUGAAAAAUGUAAGGAUCAGAUUUAAUUUUAAAAAUAUACAUUUUCAUGACUAAAACAUUCUCUGUACAAUGUGUGAAAGUGUGUAUUAUAAUAUGUGUAUUACAUCAUUUUAUUAUAUACAACUUAUGUGUUAUGUGGGACAAAAUUUUAUUCAGCCGUUAAUAAACGGACAAUAAUAUAUGUCUACCUUAAUGCAAAUGAGCAUUUUAAAGAUUUACAAUAAAAUAUAUAUUGCAAAGUGAUUGAUCGUGUCUCUUUCUCAAACUUUAUCCUGUGGGAAGUCUACAUUUUAUAGCAAAAAAUAAACUUUCAACUAUUUUAUACUUUUUACUAUUAGAAUUCUAAAAUCUAUAUCUUGUUUGGCUUACAAAGAAAUCAAGCCAAUGAGAAUUCAGCUUUGAAUUGAAAUAUUCCAGCUAUUUAUUUAUUUUUCUUUCUGGAACAGAAAUUACCUGCUUUACUAAAUGUGGAUGUUUUAUUUAAAGAGAUAUUUACAUUUAGGUAUAGUUGCCUUUUUAAUAAUCUUCAUGUUAAAGGGGGUAGGGGGAAGGGAUAAGUAUUUGAGAUAAUUGCGUGACUCAAAGUAUUGCUGCCUCUGGCCUCAUGGGUUCAUGCAUCCUGCCAUUGGCCUGUCCUUGUUUUUGGAUCUGAUUCCCACCUGAACAAACAGAACAUCUGCAGCGGGCCUGAGAAUCAUGCAGUUUCCCCCGGGAUGCUCUGAGUCAGCAGCUUUUCUUGGAGAAGCAGUCUGCUGAUACAAAAAUACUGGCUUCCAUUCGAGAGAAAAAUAAAAAAUAAAAUAGAAUAACCCCAGAGGGUCACAUUGUUCCUUAAAUUCAACAACACUCUAAUCCUCCAUGCUUGCAGAUAUCUGCCAAGCAUAUAUGGUGUACAAAGCAUAAAAUAGCAAUCGGGCUCAUGGGAAUUUUGCAACAGGUGAAUCAAAGUAAUCAUGGAUAUAUCAGUGUUUUCAAAGUCAAAUUAAAAGGUUCUCUAAAUAUUUAAAAAGAAAUUAAAGUGUUGCUGGAAAAAACCCAAAAUCGAACAAAGUACUUAAUGUUUGUUUUAAUCUUGGGUUAAUGUGGUUUAGUGGUUAUAAAUAUUGUAUACAUACGCACAUGAACAUUUCCACCAGAGCUCCCAUAAUGCUUUAUGCAUGGUGGAGAAUAAAACUAUUUGUAGAGCGUAACAGCUAGAGGUUGCAGAUAUAACAGUCCUAUCUUGUAAUUAUUGCUGGUAGGAGUAUUUUUGUUUUUCAGUCUAUUGUCCGUUACGGACAGUUCAACUCUUUCACCCAUUUAGGUUUUGGCUAUAUUUGUUUUACUUGUAAUUCACUCUUAUGAGUCAAUUCAAGGAACAUUCUAGUUUUAUUCUUCUAGACACUGCAUACUCCCAGAGUUUUACGUUGGAAUAUGUGAAACUGUAGAUUUGACAGCCUAGGAAGAUCUCACCACUGCGCAUGCUUGACAAGUCUCCAUUUUGAACAGACUGUACUUUUAUCCGACUCGCGUGGUGAUGGUAGCAUGCUGCUACACUUUUAACGGCCAAUAGGAAGCGGACGCCUGUGACUAGCAUGGAAUACAGAGAUAAACUAUGAGAGAUGAAGAUUAAGAGCUUUUUAUAAAUCUAAAUUUUGAAAGGACGCGUUCAAUUUAAACCAGUAGCAAUGUUUAGUUCAUUAAUAAAUAGAAUAAAUACUGAAAACUAUUCUAACUAUUCAUUGUAACACUAACUCAUCAUGAACAUUGUGCAAAAUAUAUGUAUUUUAAUUAACUUCAACAUUGAAAGCAUGAUAUAGAAAUAAACACACUUUGAUCACCCGUUUCUUAGAGAACAAAAUCGUGUAAUCGAUAUAGCAAAUUGGUUAUGUUUUUGUCGUAUUAAAAAGUGAGUAAAUAUGGUUAAUUUGUAAAUUUGAUUAUUUUAUAUCAUGGAUAUUUAUAUCUACUGAUCAAAAGGAAUAUUAGUUGACUUUCAGCAACUAAGCCUUCUUCCUUAUUCUCACUGUUCUGAAUGUUUGCUUACUCCAUCAUCAAUGAAAUGUCAAACCAAGGUAAUCCAAUUAACAUUUUAACAGAAAGAAAAGCAUACAUUUAGAAACUAUUUCUUUUGAAUACGGCAUAUAUUGAAAUACAACUUCUCUAAUUGCUAGUUUUGUAAUGCUAAAUACUUAAAAACAAAUAUCAAUCCAUUUUAUGUAUCUUGCCAUUACAAUUGAUAGCGUUGAAUCCUGGUAUGUAUCGAUUGGUUUAAAUUAAAAAUAAAAGCUGUGUCCAUCUGCAUUCAUUGGAUAAAUUGUGUUAUUUACUUUACAUAUUCAUCCGUUCCUCUUGCAGACAUCACAAUAAGAUCCGCAGUAUUGAGGCGAGUCAAAUGAUGCAAUAUGUUGCACUCGAAAUAUUGGACUUAAGUUUCAACGAGAUAACCGAGAUCCACAGUGGCACUUUUCCCCCAGGACUUCGAAUAAAGGAGCUGUAAGUUUGUUUUUUCUAUUGCACCAAACUUUCCCUACAACACCACAUCUAUCAACCGCUUUAUUGCAAGGGGUUCUGCAAAUUAUUUUACAUCCUGACAGGCCUGGAUAUAAACCCAACUGUUUCAACCCAGUUGGGUCGUAGUGUUGAUUUAAAAAAAUGUAAAUUCUAUUAAAUUCACUUAGACUUCAUACCGUGAGUGCAUUCAGUUGUCUUAAUUUACAUAUCAAAGGCAGUUAUCAUUAUUUUUUUUUUGAGGGUUAAAGCCAAGCUUCUACUGUAGCAUAGUUUUGGAUUAUAUGUUGACAAACGGGACACUUUCAAUUUUGAUCAGUGAGAAAUGUUCCCUCUGAGCACUUUUUUUGUGAGCACUCCAUCACUGAAAAGGUUAGGAAUAUAAUUACAUACAAACAUACCGUAUUUGUUCCUGUACAUGCUGAAGAGUGUGGUCCUAUAAGGACUUCUUUCUUAUCUAUUGUUUUGCUAAACAGAUCAUAGCCUGCUUAAAGGGCACACUGGCUGUACUUGAGCAUAGCGACACAGUUUACAUUAAAAGCUUAUAAUUGGCCGUAUCGGCUCACAGCUUCAUGGCCACCCAGUCUUUGAAUCCGUUCAGGCAGUGCUAAUCCCAUCUUCAUUAAACAUUUUGAAAUAGCUGUCCCUUUUUUCCCUAAAUUUGUACUGUAUUCGUAAAGUUGAAUUCUAAUCAGUAUAAAUCAAAGUUUGAAAUGCUGGGGCAAUCUGUAAAUGCAAAUUUGACUUGGGGUUACAUGUAAGUGUAGAGACAUGCUGGGUUAAUAAGACGCAAAUUAUAUUCCCAGAAGCACAAUUUUAGUAAAACUCAGUGCAACUUGUAUAUGGUCAAAAUGAUUAUUAAUGUUGUCUAAGAAAUGAAGAUAAAAAAUGGUCAAUUUAUUUGAUCGAAUUGUGUCUAUAAUUCUUUACAGCAAUCUAGGGAGCAAUAGAGUGAACAGUCUGGAGUCUGAAUCCUUCAAAAAUUUGUCAAGGUCUCUACUCACCCUUCGCCUAAGCAAAAACAGAAUCUCCCACCUUCCACUUCGAGUCUUUAAACUGCCCAGACUAACGCAACUGUAAGUAACCAAGUGUAAUUUUAAAGGGACUUUAAAUACAUACAGUAUCUCACAAAAGUGAGUACACCCCUCACAUUUUUGUAAAUAUAUCUUUUCAUGUGUACAUUUGCUGUCCCCUCUAAAUAACUCAACACACAGCCAUUAAUGUCUAAACCAUUGGCAUCCAGGUAAGGAGUACAAAGACAAGUGUGUCUUGCCUACAGUCAAGCAUGGUGGUGGGAGUGUCAUGGACUGGGCCCGCAUGAGUGCUGCUGGCACUGGGGAGCUACAGUUCAUUGAGGGAACCACAAAUGCCAACAUGUACUGUGACAUACUGAAGCAGAGCAUGAUCCCCUCUCCAGAGACUGGGCCGCAGGGCAGUAUUCCAACAUAACAACCCCACACACAGCUCCAAGCCGACCACUGCCUUGCUAAAGAAAGGUGAUGGACUGGCCCAGUAUGUCUCCAGACCUAAUCCCUAUUGAGCAUCUCUGGGGCAUCCUCCAACAAGGUCUCUAACAUCCACCAGCUCUGUGAUGUCAUCAUUGAGGAGUAGAAGAGGACUCCAGUGGCAACAUGUGACGCUCUGGUGAACUCCAUGCCCAUGAGGGUUAAGGCACUGCUGGAAAACAAUGGGGCCACACAAAAUAUUGAUACUUUGGGCCCAAUUUGGACAUUUCUACUUAGGGGUGUACUCACUUUUGUUGUCAACGGUUUAGACAUUAAUGACUGUGUGUUGUUAUUUUGAGGAAACAGCAAAUGUACACUGUUAUACAGACUGUACACUUACUACUUUACAUUGUAGCAGAGUGUCAUUUCUUCAGUGUUGUCACAUGAAAAGCUAUAAUAAAAUAUUUACAAAAAUGUGAGAGGUGUUCUCACUUUUGCGAGAUACUGUAUAUGUUACAAAUAUUUUAUGCACAAAAUGCAUUCAAUAUCCUUAUUAAAACUGUAUAUGCAUUAAAAUUAUUAUAAUCGUAUCUUGUUCUGUAAUAAAUUAAAGCAAGGAUUCCUACAUAUGAAUUCAUAGCAACAAAAAAACAGUGUGAAUAUUGUUAUGACUAUUGUGCCUUUUGAAUAGCCAUGGAAAUGCCUGAAAAUGCUUUCUUAAAGGGCACUAGUCAUGUGCAAAACCUACUGAAACAGGGCAAAUUUCAAACCAACCCCAUUGCCUAGAUCAUGGGUAGACAACCUUCGUUACUCCAGAUGUUGCAGACUGCAUUUCUCUUGAUGCUUUGCCAGUAUUACGGCUAUAAUAGCAUUCUGGGAGAUGCAGUCCACAACAUCUGGAGUGCCAAAGGUUUCCUACCGCUAACCUAGAUGCUCUGAAGUAAGCUUCUCCAAGCAUCUACCAAUAAGUGGGAAGUGGCCCUGCAGAACUGAAAUCUAUUAUAUAAGUAAAGAGAUACUAACCUUUUCCCAUAUUUCUUGGCUUACCAUCCUCCCCUCCAAAAAAAAAAAAUCUUAGCGUUUCUAAACUACUGCAAAUAAAUAUUUUGUACGCAUAAAAGCUGGUGGAGUGCUGCCCCAAGUGCCCCUAUGGAUGAGUCUCCAUUGCUGGUUAGACAAGAGGUCCUGUUAUUUCCUUCUCAUUGAGCUGCAUGGGAAAGUCUGUGAUUGGACAGCCACAGAAAGUCUGAGCUGGGGAUAAAGGGCUUUUAAAGGAUGCAAACAAGAAAACUGCAGCUUUUGCAAGCUGUUUUUAGAUAUACCUCAGGUGAAAACAUGAAUGCACUUAAUUAUGCUUUUUUUAAAAUCUGGGUUAUUUUUAUUUGGGCAGUGGAGUGUACCAUUAAAGGAGCUAAGGGUUAAAUAACCCUUUAAACACUUUCCUGUGUCCAGUGCGCUGGACCAGGCUCCCCGUCUGACAAUGUCAGCCAACCGGGGGAACCUAAUCUGCAUGCACGGCAAGUGCAGCGUGCACUUUAGGCCUUUCCAAGAGAAGAUAACUGAAUCAAUGCUUUCCUAUGGGGGUUUUAACACGCUUGAAGAUGUCCACUGUCAGAGGCAUAACUAGAAGCCACGGUGUCCCGGUGCGAAAAUUGCCCUUCCCCCCCCCAGCCCCUCCAUGUGUCUGGGCCCGGUGGCAGCUGCCACUGUCCACCGUUGUUUCAUGGAGUCAGUCAGGGCUUUGUAUGGUCCAAUCACAGGCCCUCAUAGAAGAAUGGCUUGUGAGUGGACUGUUAUGCUGGCUCAGAGUGCAUACUCGCAAUCUGAGUAGGCGAAGGCUGUGGUGAGGGAGUAGGUUGGUAAAUUUUAUUUAAAACAAAACAAAAACCCAGAGCAAUAUUGGGAGAUGGGGAGAAAAAUGCAAGCACUGAGAAGCUCUAUACAUCCGUUGCCAGUGAGUCUUUGCUUAAUGAAACAGUAUUUGUGUAUUUCACUGCUCAAUUAUGUGCCAUUUAGAUGCUGAAUCACUUUUGUUUCUGUUUAUGCAGCCCUUGUCAAACCUGCCCUAGCUGUGACUCACACAGCCUGCAUUGAAUAAAAAUGGUUUCAUUUUCAAUCAGAUUUUAACUUACUUUAGAAGUUUCUCCUCCCCUGUAACUGUAGAUUCAUGCAAGGUAUGGCAAGCUAUUAACAAUGCUGGAAAUAAAUUAAACAGAAUUUGCAAUAAAGGAAGCGUAAACAUUAAAUUUCACUUUAUAGGAAGUGUUUAGGAAGCAUGUGCAGGCUACUUGCAGGGCGGUGUGACAAUGGCUGCAUAAACAAAGUGAUUUAACUCCUAAAUGGCAGAUAAUUAAGCAGUGAGACUACAGUGGCAUGAUCUAUACACCAAAACAGCUUCAGUUAGUUGAAGUUGUUUUGGUGACUAUAGUAUCCAUUUAAGUUAAACUGAACAACCUAUUAGGAAUAAAUAUAUUGUAUAAUAAAUUUCAGGUGUGUGCUUACAAUUGCCAUGCUUAAAAAGUAGCAUUUAAAUAUUAUAAUGUUAGGUGUUAGGAGGAUUUUUAAUGCUUUGUAAAGGUUAAAUAACAUAAUAAAUAAAUAGCUGGGCUGUUUCCACAUCGGGUGCUCUCAUGCUUCUAAUUAUGUCAAUGUACUGGUAGCCAAAUUUGCCCAGGAGACCCAUUUAAUAAUCCGAAUGUCAUGUUUUCAACUGGUGCGGUCAGAGAUUGUGUUUAGCCAAGCAAGGAUCAUUUUUCCACCAAUUCAAAAAGGCAAGUCAAAGAGAACAAGACUUGUUUUUAGCUCUGUCUUGUACUUCUUAAAAAGUCUUUGAUUCUUCACAAGUUCUGAUUUCCCUGUGGAGGUGUAGAUGGGGAGGUAGAUUAGAAUGCUGUGUGAUACAAUACACUAUCUUUUAUUCUCCCUCUGUGUCAAUGUGUACUUGCUAUUCACUUGCAAAUUGAGUUAUAACAAAGUUGGAUUUUUUUUUUCUUUCUUUCUGCAGUGAAUUAAAUCGAAACCGUAUACGUUCAAUAGAAGGGCUGACUUUUCACGGACUGGACAGUUUGGAGGUUUUAAAAUUGCAGCGUAACAAUAUCAGUAAGCUUACUGAUGGGGCGUUCUGGGGCCUAUCAAGAAUGCAGAUCUUGUGAGUAUAAGUGAGCACGCAGUGUACUGCCAAUGAACGAGCUUAGAGGUUUUUACAUUUUAAGAAAACACUUCAACCAUUUUACCAUUUUCUUUCACUGACUGACAAACCUUGAGCUAUAUAUCUAAAGUAAAAUUUCAGCCCAAUUGAUGAUCUACCAUUUGGGCAACCCUGGUGUAGAAUAUGUUCCCUUAACAAGUACACAAGGCAUAUUAAAGUUAAGGCGUUAAUUUACAUGAAGUAAAAAGUAUAGAAAGUCUGAUCUGGUGAUAUGAUAUAACUUUAACCAAAUCCUGUUUCUGCAUGCAGCCUUUUCAUUAGUUCCCUUGGACUGGCAUGUGCAAUUUUAUUCAAUUUAUUUUUAUUUUAUUUUAUUUUUUUUAGAAAUGAAAUUUUACUUUUAGUUAAAAUGCAUUUUACUCCACGUGAGUCAUAGGUUAAUGUAUAGAUCCACAAUCCUUAUGUUGAACUUCCCCAGGUGGACAAAUGUUAGGUAAACAAUGACAAUAUGGUUUUUAACUCCAGGGGAUAUUUCUAUGAUGGAUGGUUAAAGUCCACAUUUUGAAUUAUGGAUGAAUCUCUUUCAUUCUUUCUAACUGUUGUUUGUCUCUCCAGACAUCUGGAAUAUAACAAUCUGAAAGAAGUGAGCACCGGAUCUCUGUAUGGACUUCAGUCUCUCCAACAGCUACACCUAAGUAACAACUCAAUAUCCCAAAUAAACUCUGGAGGGUGGAGCUUCUGUCGAAAUCUACAGGAGCUGUAAGUAUUCUUUCGCUCCCCUAAUUGAAAAGCAGGGAAUAGAUUCAACCUCUGAGAUCUAGAGGGAUGAUACUAAUUUUAUGCAGAGCUAGAUCGGUAGAGAGUGCUUGCUGCUAGAUUUCAAACAUUGUAAGCCCUACCGCAUGCUGUAGUGGUUAUGGUGCCUGGUGUGGCCUGGGACCAUACUCUGUUGUUAGGAGUGAAAGUGGUUUGAAAUAAUUUGAUAUCUUACCUAGGGUACACUGGACAGCACUGUUCGUCGCCACUACUUCCUGUAGUGGUUUUGGUGCUUGGAUUGUUAAAUAUAUCAGGGGAAGCAAACCAAAAGAAAUUAUUUUAUCAAACUGACAUUUUUUUCUCCUCUUUUAAUAAAAAUGUAAACCAGGACUAUAGUUUCUUUCUUAGAACCCAGUUUAUGUACUGGCAAGAUUCUUUAAUCAUAAGUGCCGACACAAGUUUGGUUCAAUGCCAACUUGAGGUUCUGAUAUUUAAAAAGACAGAAGACCUUCGACUACGAUUUGGGAAGAUAAACACAUUUUAUAAAGUUUAUGUUAUAUAUAUGUUAAAAUUAAAAAAGUAAAAAUUGUUGGGAAUUCAGAGUUUCAGUUUUGAGACCAAAAUAGCCAAAUCGAAAAUCUUCUCGCAGUCAUCUGUGCUACCAGUUCAUCUAAUUUGGUCUUUAAUUUGAAAUUUACUUUUAAUUCCCAAUAAUUCUGACUAAUUUUUUUUUUUUUUUUUACAAUUAUUUGUAUGUUACUAUUAUUUUGAUAGGAGUUUGCUCCUAUACCAAAUGUACAGUGUGUGUGUGUGUCUUGUCUUCAGCUAUUUUGAGAGUUGACAUUUGAUUUCUGGUUUUCCCCCUCCCAGAAUUCUGUCUUAUAAUAAUCUUACCAGAUUGGACGAGGGCAGUUUGGCAGAUCUUGGUGCCCUUGAAAUUCUAUUACUAGGCCAUAAUUCCAUCAGUCAUAUUGCAGAAGGAGCCUUUAAAGGUCUUAAAAGCCUUCGUAUAUUGUAAGUAUCAAAAUUUUCGCCAGUUUUGUAUAACGUAUGCUAUAUAUUUAAGGGCAUAAAAAAGGUAUUGCUACUACUAACAAUAACAUCUUCCUGGAGAUCAUAAGGUCGAUCCUCAUGUCAAUUUAUUAUUGGUUAAUUAGAUAUUGUAUUAAGAGUAAGUGUUGACAGACAUCGAUACCCACAAAGACACACACUGAUAACAUACAGACACACUGACAGACAUACAUACAAACAAACACACACAGUGACAUAGAGACACACAGAUACAAACACCUACACACAUACUGACAGACAUACAGAUACACACUGACUGGCACACACAGUCACACACUGGCAGACACACACACACACAUCCAUCAUAUAUACUUUUAUAGCCACCCUCCUGUUUCCUAACGUUUGGGUGCAGGAGGGUGGCUUUCCUGGAAUCCAGUGUAAAGAUCUGGCUGAGGUAGUUGGGAGUUAGGGGCUGGCUCUACUCUCCCAGCCCCUCCUCUGUGCUCUCCCACGCAGCUCCAAUCAUGUAGAUACGGAAGGGGGCGGUAGUUCCUGCAAGGCGCCAGCCGCGGUGUGUGCUACACGGGGAGCAGGGAUAUGACGUGUUGAUAUCACUGCCCCCUCCACACAGUCCACGGCUUGAUGCAAGAAGGCUGGUUUGUGGAGGAGCUGCUGCUGCUGCUCGGCCACGCUACAAGAAGCGUGGGGGGGAAGCUGUGUGCUUUUCUCCUGGUGGUCAUCCGGAGAUUUGCGCCCGAAGGCAGCCGCUUGUGCCGCCUUAUGGUAGCGACGGCCCUGACUGUCACGCAUCAUAUAAUUGGAGGUGUUAUUUCACCCUAAGUAUUACAGUGGACUCUGGGCUGACAAUGAAACGUGCCAAAAUUAGAUUGGGGCACCUCCCAGCAACACUCAUGGAUAAAGCUGUGUUUACUUGCGAUCCAUAGGAAUAAUCAUAAUAUAUGAAUGGGGGAAAAGAAGCAAAUAAUCCCUACUUUUAUAUGGAUGCCGGAUACGUUUGGAUAACAUCUGUAAUUUUGCUAAAUUGCUAUGAGGGUGUCUCUCUAAUCCAUGUAUUUUAGUAAAAAGAAAAAUAGCAUAUGUGCAACAUUUUGCCCAUCUGACUCAUUUUUCUAACUCCCUGAUAGUUCUUUUUUUUUUUUCUCCUUAUCAUCCAGCUAUAAAAUAUUUUCCUCUAAAUAUGUUAAAAAAACUACACUUUUUUUUUUUACUUUCUACUUUAAUUCUGUAAUGUUGAGCAAGAUCACUAUUUCUAAUAGAAUUCCCAGAACAAAAUAUAUGUAUUUAAAAAUAAAUUAUAAAUUAAUAUCACAAACACUCACUCUUGUUUUUUGGGGGAUUUUUGUUUCCUGAGUGUUAAUUCCAAAUUCUCUUUCUAAGAGAGUAAUGAAUGGAAAAAUCGAUGCAAGAGAGCUCUAAUUAAUGAGUGAGAAAGCCCACUGGCUCAUGCACCUGGUGAAAAGGACCCAAGCACGCUUUAAUUACACCCUAUUGUUAAAAUGCCUUUACGUGGUGUAAAAGUGCUGAAAUACUGAACUAUUCAAAUAGAGGUCAGCUUGGAAGACCUAGCAGAACUAUGAUUAACAAGGCAGCGUGCAUUUGUAUGCAGCCAAGCAGAAAGAAUAGGAAAUUGGCAUGGGAGAGAAGAUGAGUGAAUAGACUGAAGAGUAGGCCAAAGCCCCCGUAUUGUCUGCUUAACAAUGAAGCUUGUAGUUUCUAUUCCUAUGGCAAACAAAAAUAAAAAAAAUAAAAAAAAAUAAAGCAUUGCUUAUGGAAAUCGCUUCAUUGUAACUUCACUACAACAGUGUAUCAACAAGUUUCUUAAAGAUACAACAUCCGAUCACGCCUUCUGAAAAUUCCCAUAUUACAAUGAGACCGCACGUAUUUACCUGCGAUGCCAUGUUGCGGAAUCUGUGCUGCUUGCAGGCACAUGUAUAAAAAAUAAUCAUUCUGAAAGAAAAACUUUUUUAAAGAUUUAAACAAAAAAAAAUUUUAUGAAAAUAUUUUCAUAAUGUAUUGUCAAAAGCACAGAAUUUUUUUUUUGAAGUGCUGCGCGUAUGUAUGUAUAUAAUAUAUAAAAUGUAUGUAUAUAUUGAGACAGCUGGUGUGGAGAUCCCACGUCCUUUUAGUUUUUUUCCUUUAAAAUCUUUUGUGUCCUCUAAAUUAUAGACCAACCCUGGCCACAACAAAUGUUUUUUUCCGUUUCAGACUCACACCUCCUAUUAUAAUUAUUAAAGAAAAGUCUACCAAAUUCAAUUUAUCUCUGCUUGCUGUGCGGAGAUCUUCAAAUAUAAGCGGGGGUGUAAAGCGCAAGGGGGUAGAUCUCCUUUCUGGCUCUCAGUGGGUUAAAGGUUCACUACCUAAGAAAGAAAGAAAGGAGGCAGUGAAUGAAGAGGAGACAUUGAAUAAUUCCACUGCUGAGUAAUGGGGAACUUUAAGAGAUGCAUGGCAGUCAGAGAAAGAAAGCUCUUUGUAGUCCCUUCCCUAAACUUUUUUUUUUAACCCUCCUCCAUCAAAAGAAGGUCCCAGAACUGAGAAACGGAUUGUAAGCCUUCUUUUGUCUUCUCCACAGGGAAUUGGACCAUAACGACAUCUCCGGUACAAUAGAGGACACCAAUGGGGCCUUUACAGGCCUGGAAAGUCUAAGCAAGCUGUGAGUAUGCCAAAUGUCUUUAAAUCUUUCUAAAAUGCGUCAGCUAUCAUUUUUAAUUUUCUUUCAUUUUUUUGUUGUUUUUGUCCUCCCUGGCUUGGAAGUAUUUUAUUUUUUUUAUUUUUUUUGCUCUGUAAAUAAUCUCGCACACAUCUUUUUUGCUCUUGUUGAGAAAGCUGAUCAAAGCAGGUACAAGUUUUUUAAGUAAUACACAUUUUAGAAUCUUAGUGGGCAUGGCUUUCAGAUGAUUUGUUUGCUAAAGCGUACUUUGACAGAGCUGGGAGUUGCUUGAGACGUCCAGAAAGCUUGCACCUUAAAAAUAUUCAUAUGUAUAGCUGAUUAUACCAGCGGAUCUACCAGCAAGAGUGCAGUGUAAUAAAAAUACAUUAAAUUGGACGUUAUGAAUUUCUUGUUUGCAAGUAUUAAAUAUAUAUUGCAUUUUUUUCUUAAGACUUUUUCAAAACAAUUUAUAAUUAUUUUUUUUAUUAGGGAUGGUUGUGCUAUGUAUAGCAAAUCACUGUCUCCAUACUGGGGAGUGUGGUGAAGAAUGGACAUCAAGAGUGUUCGGAAUCACAAGUUUGGAUAGAAGGGCUGCUUGAGAUUUUUCUUUUACCCCAUAAAAACAUUUUUUUUUUUAUACAUCCUAUAUAUCCUAAAUAUUUACAUGAUCUUAUGUAUUGAAUGGUUAAGGAAAUGUGUAGGUUUAUUUUUUUUAAAUAACUUUUUUUUUUUUUUUUUUAAUGCAUACAAUUCUAAUUUAUUAAGAUGGGACGGAGGUCCACAUCUUACUAAACGACUUUGAUCAGUGACAAUCUCUAAUAGCUUGUAUGCACAGAAGGCACCCAGCAAUAGGAUAUGCUUAUUAUGUCUACCCAAUGUAGACCAUGUGUUACAAGUAAAAUGUAUACCUGCUUUCUUAGGAGAUUGGAAUACAUGCUAUUGCAGUUUGUCAUCAGUUAAAUUGCAUGAAUGAUAACGAUCUCUCAUUUCAGUAGGUGAAAGUUGGAAAGACCUAAUCUUUGUAGUUCACAUUUCUAACCGCACUACAUCGGACACGCGAUCAGUUUCUGCCAAACUAAUUUCUGUUCUUUUUUUUUUUUUUUGAUUCUUUCUUUUGUUUAUCUGACCCUUGAUGUUUGGAAACUGCAGAACUCUGUUUGGAAACAAGAUCAAGUCUGUGGCCAAAAAAGCGUUCUCAGGCUUAGGGGCUCUGGAGCACCUGUGAGUAUCCCAGAAUGCACUGGAACUUGUAGAGGUGCUGCCAAAAGUAGAUGGUUGAGAGGUCUGCUAGCAAUUUAAUAGCUUCUUUGUAAGUUGAGAAUAUCAUCCAUUUCCAGAGGCCAGCUGUUUCCUUCUCAAUUAUAAGUCAGCUUCAACUCUGGCCUUUUUUUGGUGCCAGGAACAAAGUUAUUGAACAUAUGGUAAAUUUUGGGCCUAUUUUAUUUCCUGAUUGGGGUGCGAACGAAGACCACUUGACUAAUUUGCCCUGAUUUUAUUCCCUGUAAAUGGAAAAAAAAACCCAAAGGAUAAAACAUAUAUAUGUGUGUGUAUAUAUAUAUAUAUAUAUAUAUAUAUAUAUAUAUAUAUAUAUAUAUAUAUAUAUGUGUGUGUGUAUAUAUCUUCAUUUUUACCAGCCGGACACAAAACUGGUUAAAUCUCUUCCAGAUUUUUUUCCCCCCCCAAGGCGAAAGUUUAAUGUGUACACCUUUUUCCCCCUGAACACAAUAAUCUUGGCUUAAGUUUGUCAGUGCAAACUUGUCUGCCACUGAAACUGUUAAGCAAAAGCCUUUUUUUUCUGUUCCAUCUUCCCUCCAGGGUUUAUACUUGAAUGCUGAAUCAACAUGAGUUUUCUUUUUACAUUAGAAGUAGCCAGAGCGAAAUUUCCUCUUUAUGCAGGCCGAUGAAGAGGUUCAUUUCCUCCAACUAGUAUUAUUUUGUUUGCUUUUUUUUUUUGUCCUGUGGAUAACUACAAGUCUCAGCAUGUAUUUGAGAUUCAUAGUCCCUUGUCUCUGGAGAGCUAAAAUAAUCCCAAACUACACUCUUACCUCUGAUUAAAAAAAAAAAUAUAUAUAUAUAUAUAUAUAUUUUUUUUUUAAUAUAAUGUAUUUACAUGUAAUAAUUUUAGCAGACAGAGCAACAAUUUUCUCUUUAAAAAAAAAAAAAAACCAAAAAAAUAAAAUAAAACAUUUUUUUUCCUUCAGAAACCUUGGGGAAAACUCUAUUCGGUCUGUACAGCCUGAGGCAUUUGGGGAAAUGAAGUCCCUCAAAGACUUGUAAGUUCAUUUAACCUUUUUAAAAUCUUUCUGGGUUUCUGACUAUAAAUUUGCACUCCACAUAGUUUUCUUUUUAUUCCUCUGUUUCUGGACAAUACGGCCGAGCACCUCAUUGUAGGAUGUGGUUAUUGCCUAAUGCAUUUCAAGGCUAGAGGGAAAUAUAUAAAAAUAUCUUCCCUCCCAAUCAUUGUAUGUAUUGUGUUGAUUUAAUUCUCAUUUAUAUCGAGAAAAAAGACGCCCUCUGUGCUUUGUUCACUUUUCCAGAGUUGUACAUCACAUAAUGAAUAAACAAAAUUAUCUGUGGUGACAGCACUACUCAGAUAGUAGGUCCAGUGAUACAAUUUUUAAGCUGCGCUAGGCCUUGUUGCGUCACGCUCUCACCUUAGCUUUGCACAUACUUAAAAAAAAAACCAAAGAAAAAAAACCCAAACUCUCAAAUACACAAAAUUAGCACUCACAUAGGCAAAUGGCUAAACACACAUUCACUAGUACAUACAUUAAAAAAUAUCAGUCUAUGAAGGGGGAGGGAGCAGGAUCCUGUUACACUAGGCCGAGGCUUGAAUAUGUCCCUAAAAAAGACAGAAGGACUGUAAAAGCCUUCUCACCAACUUUACCCGUAUUUAUGUGUCUCUCAAGGUACAAAUUUAGUAGCCAAGGAAAAGGGAUUCCAAUGUUUUGUAGGGCAUAUUAAGUUCACUUAUCAUGAAAUUAUGGUCUGAAAAUGAAAAUGGUCUGAAAAUGAUUUCUCUUGGAACUAAGUGCAUUGAUUUUGACUCUCUGUUAAUCAUUUUGAAAAGUUAAAAAAAAAUCAAAAAAAAAUCUUGUGCACCUGUCAGUCAGAGAUCCACAAAGGAACACUCCACUGUGGUUAUGGUUAUUUAAAAUUGUCAAAUAGUUUAAAAUGGGUGCCCACAUCACAUCCAGCCUUCUCUGCAAGAGAACUGUCUCUGCUCAGCAUGACUGAGCUAGCUGUUGUGGUUAUGGUACUUGGAAUGUUCAUUUUAAUAUCUUCUUCGAGGUGGAGAAAAGUACUGGCUAGGAGGAAACAUAGAAAAAAUAUAUAGAUACCCUGUUUGUACCUGAACUGUACUGGAUUGUGUCAACUGCUAAAUCUGCAAUGUACAUUUAAAGGAAAAUACAGCAUCACAUAAAAUAGGUUAACACAAGUAUACAGAUCUCGUUUAAGGGAUAAACCAAUUCUUUCAUCUGUUCGUGCUCAAAUAGAAGUAUCACAUGUAUGGGAUCACUUUGCUUCUUCUUUGCAAGGGAGCGGUAUUGCACAUGAAAAUAGCUUCUAUUCUCAAUAUGGAGAAACCAUUUGUUCACCCUUCAUAUCUGUGAAUCUAAAGGCAACAAGUGGCCGUUUGUGAAAAACCUGACCUGGGAUUGUUUGCAUAGACAACAGACAACAUCUGUUUUUUGUUUUGUUUUGUUUUUCUCCCUACAGAAUCCUCAGUAGUGACAGCUUACUGUGUGACUGUCAUCUUAAGUGGCUACCACAGUGGGUUACUGGCAGAAAGCUGCAGUCCAAAGUAAAAGCCACUUGUGCCCAUCCAGAGUCGCUGAAGAGUAAAAGCAUAUUCAACGUGUCACCCCGCAGCUUUGUGUGUGGUAAGAUUCACUUUCCAAUCACUUUCAAUGUCUAGAAGAUCUGUAGUAUGUAUGCAAGCAAAUGUAUGGAUCACAAUUAAAAAAUGUGCAGCAUUAGGGAGAGGUUUUUCAACUUUAUUUUUCUAUUUUUUAAUGUUUUUUGUAUUGUUGCCUGUCUUGCUGAGGGCCAAGUUCUUUCUUGCACAUUACCCUACAUUUUUUCUUCUUUUUGCAUGUGAUUGCAAAUUUUCUUUGUUGACAUCAGUCGUCAUUUAGCUCUCACGCUUCGCUUUUAGUAGAAUCUCAACUCUGACAUACCUGCAAACACACUGCCACCGAUUUCUACGACUUUAUAAACCUGUUCUCCCUGGCUUUCCCAACCAGUAGUGUUUAUUAGUUUAUCCUUUUGAAAAUACUGUAUAAUUCAGCUGUUGACUUUCUGCAGCAGAAAGAUAAUAAUUGGACUACAACUCCUAAAAACCCCUGCUGUGUCCACAAAGCACUGCUAACAGGACACACAAUACAGAUCUGUAGAUAUAAUUAACUAUCAAUCUCUGCCUGGUUUGGCGUGAGUGCAUUACAAAUGUUGUGCAGCAAACACCAUGAACGUCAACUGUAAGCAUAUUUAAGAUAUACUGCAUUAUCUAUAUAUUCAACUAAAACAAAUGCGUAGAAAUGUAAGGAUACAAACGUGUAUCCCUUUAAGGAUGCAUAUGUCUCUCACAUUUGCUCUUGCCUCCCCACACCCAAAAUACAACUGUUCCUUCCCUUUAAUGUGCAGCUGGUUUGGACCAGAGCUGCAAAUCACAGCAGCAAACUUAGGACAGCUGAACACACAAUUAAUCCCUGCAGCAUGAGGGCAAAAAUAAGUUUUAAUUAAAACAAGGUGCUUGGAAGAUUAGUCCUAAUUAUUUAUGGUUUGAGUUGGAGAAAGGUACACGAUUUGGAACAUAUUCCCUUUGCUUAUUUUGUUUAGUGAUUUGUGAUCCUGCAGUACAACUUGCUGAUUUUAUAGAUUAAUCAUCAAAAAUCUCAAAGCUUCUCCAUGUGGCAAUGAGGCUAAUUAGUCCCAUAAAUUUAACUGAUCGAGUGAAGGUGGACAGUUGCUAUUUUUUUUUUGUCUGGACUGUAAAACUGUGCAAGACCUUGGAUUGCUUUUAAAAAAUAAUAAUAAUAAUUAAAAAAAAAUAUCCAACAACAACCAAAAAACAACUUUUUGCUUUAACUGCCAGAAAACAUGUUUCGAAUUAAAAAAACGUGCUGUUAAUCUUUCCUCACUACAUGAAUGGUUAAUUCACUCCGUGCCAAAGAAUCCAUCGCUGAAUUAGCUUGUAAGCAGUUAAGUCCAAUCAUUUAAUAACAAUAAAAUUACAAGCUGCUUUGUAACUCAGUAAUAUUACCUUGGGGGAAAGACUAUAGCAUCCUGCCACCGGGUCACUUAAAAGUCGCAUUUGUGACAACUGGAGAAUGUUGUGUGUGUGUGUGUGUGUGUGUGUGUAUACGAAAGACAUAGUGUAUACGUAUAUUCCGCGCACAUGUUAUAUAAAAGACUAUAUUCUAACAUGUAUGCACCUUACAAUUAAUUCUAUAUUAAGCACCAACAGGUAUUCCAGUGCUGUACACUAUAAUAAGGUUACCACCAGAUUGAUAUAUGGGAACCGUUACCUAAAACAUAGCACACAUUUAAAUUAAAAAAAUUGCAAAAAGGUUAAAAUGUCCUGCUUUCUAGCAAAAUCUGAGGUGUUAUAACUUUGUGGAAGAAAGCUGAGAUCAUGGGUGACGAGUACUAUUAUUAUUAUUAUUGUUAUUUAUAUAGCGCCAACGCUUUUCGUAGAGCUUUACAAUAUUAUAAGAGGGGGAGAUUUAACAAUAAAUGAGACAAUUACAAAAUGUUACUGGAACAUUAGGUUGAUGAGAAUUGCCAGAUUCACCAUGUUUUAGUGGACACAAAUCACUUUUUCAUAGUAUUAGGCAAGGUAUGAAAAGUAUCAAUAUUUAAAGAGGAAAAGCAGUCAGUCAAGGAGGAGUCCCAAAUUCUGUAUUAACUUCUCAAACCCUCCUUUUGUGUCAUUUAAAAUGUACCUAAAUAGUAUUUUUUAAAUUUAUUUUUUGUUUUAUCAUGCCCAUUAAGUAAUUACCAAGAAAACAUGGAUUAGGUUUGGCAAAAGUGCUGGAAGGAUUGGGUGGCAAAGCUAGGUGAAUGAUACAGUAAAUUUCAAAAUUCCAAUCCUCCCAAGUGUCCCUGUUUUGGAGGGACAGUCACUCUGUCCCUCUUUUCUAGGAGCUCCAUAUUGUUAUAACUAUAGUCUAAUAUGCCUAGGCACAUAAUACCACAUAGGUCCUUCAGUAUAAAAGAACAAGGUAUAUAAAUUAAACUGACAUUUUUUUUGCUUCAUUUGUUGAUGUGUCUCAAUUUACAACAAAGUGCUCACAGUAAUGUGUCUUUAAACUACAAUACAUGUGUUCACCAUUCAGUCUGUACAAAUAGGAUACAUUGUUCUUGUUCUAAAGUACACCUCAAUUGCAUAAACCAUUUUGCUUUUAAAGGGGGCUAUUUAUUAUUAAAGGGACAAUCUGGGCAGACCAGAUGGGCCAAACAUUUCUUAUCCGCUGUCACAUUCUAGGUUUCUAAGUCACCAAAACAACUUUAGCUUAAUGAAGCAGUUUUGGUGUAUAGAUCAUGUCCCUGCAGUCUCAUUUCUCACUUCUCUGCCAUUUAGGAGUUAAAUCACUAUGUUUAUACAGCCCUAGUCACACCUCCCUGCAUGUGACUUGCAAAGUUUUCCUAAACACUUCCUGUAAAGAGUCAUCUAAUGUUUAUGCUUCCUUUAUUGCAAAUUUCAUUUAAUUUAGAUGCCAUAAAGUGGACGGAUCACUGGUUUUAAAAUUCUUUCCUCUUUUGUUUCAUAUAUUUGUUUGGCAUUCUGCUGCUCUAUUGGGACAGUUAUGAAAAUAUGUAAAUACUGAGCAAUCACCAUAGAAACAAACAGAACUGAGCAAGUCUGUUGGUUUCCGUGGUUACUCCCAUGCAUUUACACGGUUUUAAGAAAGAGCAGGACUCCUAUUAUAUAGGACUUCUAUUCUGGUACUAUAUGUGCAUUUUUUUUCUAGAAUUAUAAAAUGUUCUUACCUCUGCCAAAUGCUAUAAAAACCCACGCACAGUUACAAAAAUAACAGGACAUUCUGUUAUGUUGGGUAGUUUUGUUCGCCGGUCAACUUUUUCUUUACUACUGCAGCUUGUUAAUUAAAUAUCCUCAAAGCAUAAAUUUAUGAAGAUGUAUAAAUACGUCCUAACGGGGGUUGUCUGGAAUAGAGCUAAGAUCACUGCUGCAGGGGAAAAAAAAAGUUAUAUUGGAUGAGAUACAAGAAAAUACAGAUGUGCUCUUGUGACAUCCUGGGCUGCUUCAACUUACUGUGCUUUCCAUCUUAUAUCUUGAGUUAAUGGGGCCUUAAAGGAACACUAAGCAUCAUAACCAAAAAAUCUCAUUAGUGGCACGACUGCUUGGAGUCACCUGGUGCAAUCCCACUCUUCCGUGUUAAACGGUCUUUAAAUGGUUUGACACUGAAAGAUGGUCCCUGGAAACCCGUGGUGUUGGCUUAUGCUUCUGUGCUGCUCUCUGAGAGCCACCAUCGCUGGUUUGACUUGGCUAAUGCAGAAAAGCCUCUGUAUAAACCACAUCCUUUAGUGGUGGUGGAGCUAUAGCAGUGAUGGCGAACCCUCUGUUGGCACGCGGCCAUAAGUCACAAGGAGAGGGGGCCGCUGGCUGUCUGCAGAGUAGGCACCUACCUGCCCAAAACGGCAGGCGCCUACUCUGCUUCCGUGUUGGGAGGACAGGGGGAGGGCUCUAGGAAGCAGCUCUCCUAUCCUCCGGCGCGAUGCUGUGUGCUCCACACAGCAUCGCGCGGAAGGACAGGAGUGCUGCUUCCUAGCUGCCAGAAACAUACUUACCACCACCGGGGAUGGCUGUGUCCUCCCCCCGCCCCCCCUUCACCAAAGGUAAGAGGAAUGGAGGGGGAGGAUACAGAAUGAAUAUAUAUAUAUAUUUUUUUUUUGUAAUGUAUUUUUACCCCUAACCCCCCACAACACAGAACCCCUACCACAUACAGCACCCCUCCACAUACAGCACAGCACCCCUACCCCCACAUACAGCACAGCACCCCUACACCCACACACAGCACAGCACCCCUACCCCCCACACAGCACAGUAUCCCUACUCCCAACAGAGCACAGCACCCCUACAUACAGCACAGAACCCCUACCCCCCACACACAGUACCCUACUCCCCACAGCAAAGCACCCCUACUACCCUUACACAGCACCCCUAACCCCCACAGCACCCCUACUUCCCACACACACACAGCACCCUACCCCGCACACACAACACCCCUCAGACACACACAGCAUUCCACACCCUUACACACAAACACAUACACUGCACCCUCAAUGCAGUAUGUGUGUGUGUAUUCAGCAGUCUGUGUGUGUAUUCAGCAGUCUGUGUGUGUAUUCAGCAGUCUGUGUGUGUAUUCAGCAGUCUGUGUGUGUAUGUAUUCAGCAGACUGUGUGUGUGAAUAUAUUCAGCAGACUGUGUGUACUCAGCAGUGUGUGUAUUCAGCAGUCUUUGUGGGUGUAUUCCGCAAUCUGUGUGUGUGUACCCAACUGUCUGUGUGUGUACCCAACUGUCUGUGUGUGUAUUCAGCAGUCUGUGUGUAUGUAUUCAGCAGUCUGUGUGUACUCAGAUGUCUAUGUGUAUGUAUUCAGCAGUCUGUGUGUAUGUAUUCAGCAGUCUGUGUGUAUGUACUUUGCAGACUGUGUGUGUGUACUCAGCAGACUGUGUGUGUACUCAGCAGUCUGUGUACUCAGCAAUCUGUCUGUAUGUGUAUUCAGCGGACUGUGUGUGUGUGUAUUUAGCGGACUGUGUGUGUGUGUAUUUAGCGGACUGUGUGUGUGUGUAUUUAGCGGACUGUGUGUGUGUGUAUUUAGCGGACUGUGUGUGUGUGUAUUUAGCAGACUGUGUGUGUGUGUAUUUAGCAGACUGUGUGUGUGUGUAUUCAGCGGACUGUGUGUGUAUUUAGUAGCCGUUGUGUGUGUAUGUAUUUAGCAGUCUGUGUGUACGUAUUGCAUUUGUUGGAGAUACUAAUAAAUAUAAGAUUGAUUUGAUCUAUUUAUAUAAUUAUUUAAAAUUUGUAUCAUUGAACUCUCUGUUGUGUUCUUUUUUUUAAAACAGAAGUUGUUAAUUAGUUCGGACAACUGUACGAGUUGUUUUUUCUAAACUUAAACCUCAGUAUUCAGGUUUAAUUGCGGUGUUGGCACUUUGAGGGGAAAAAAGUUGGCAUGUAUUGCAGUUUGGGCACUCAGGCUCAAAAAGGUUCGCCAUCACUGAGCUAUAGGGACGCUUGGUGUCAAACCGACUGCGAUUGCCAGAGGACUCUAAUAAAAUUAAGUAGUUAUGCUCUCAAGAGUGGCUUAUGUUAUCUAUCCUAAACUAUCCUACAGGGACACAUUUGUUUAAUCAAUAUACUGAAUAAAUAUAAAAUACAUCUAUUGGGUAACCCUUACAUGUCAGACAAUUGAGUGUAUUUCAAGGGAUACUGUAAGCACCAAAAAUGUUUUGCUUAAUGAAGUGGUUUUGGUCUCACUGCACAAUUCUCUGCCAUUUAGACGUUAGAUCACUUUAUUUAUCCGAGCCACCCUGCCUGUGACUCACAUAGCCUCCCUAAACAGGUCUAAAUUUUAAACUUCUCUUAUUGCACCGUUUUUAUCAUUUCUCUUGCUUUAUUGCCUGCUGGAGUUUGCAGCAUCCUCCUGUCUGUGAAUAACCCCUUAAGGACCAAACUUCUGGAAUAAAAGGGAAUCAUGACAUGUCACACACGUCAUGUGUCCUUAAGGGGUUAAAGCUCAAUUAAUAAAGUAGGAGAGUUUUUUUUUUCAUGGGGGUUGCUUUGGUAACAUGAUAAAACUGAACAAUAAUCAAGAACUAAAAAUGACACCGUUAAUAUUUUGUUUUUUAGAGGACUUCCCAAAACCUCAAAUCAUAGUCCAACCUGAAAAUACAAUGGCAGUCCAUGGAAAAGAUGUCCGUCUUACUUGUUCAGCGGCUAGCAGUAGCAGUUCACCCAUGACCUUUUACUGGAUGAAAAACAGUGAAAUUCUACACAAUUCUGAGACUGAGAACUUUGCCAAUGUGAGGGAAAAGGAUGGUGAAGUGAUGGAAUACACCACAAUCCUACAUUUGAGAAAUGUGACCUUUACACACGAAGGGCGUUACCAGUGCAUCAUCUCCAAUCAUUUUGGUUCGACAUACUCCAACAAAGCAAAGCUUACCGUGAACAGUAAGUGACCACGUCAAAACACUGAACACAUUAGUUUCUGAUACUAUUUGCACAACUGAGAAUAGCACACCAGAUAUUAAAAAUAUCUCCUUUUUUGUGACCAUCAGAGAGAUGAUUGUGAAUCUUCUUUUCUGUUAAGGAUGCCUCUUUAGAGAAGAUAAUGUCACUAUGAACUACUGAUGGGUGCUUUGUCAAUGACAACACGCUCAUAGACCCUGUACUAGGAUUACCGUGUCAUCAGGAAUGGCCCUUCCAUUAAGAUAAAUCAGACAUUUGCCUGGGAUGCUCUGCAGCUCCACAAACCAAGAACAACAUUAAAGAUGUCCCUCUUUGGCUACAAAGAAGUGUGUGGAAUGCAGAAGUGAAUUAGAAUGCCGUCACUAGGUUACCCUUCCACCACUCUCAAUCAUGCAGACCAAAUGCUCCACACCAGAAUUAAAUUAUACAACGAGGGAAUGAUACUUCAUAGGGUAGCCAUAUUAGAUUAUUCACCAGCAACAUAUACUGUAUCUAUAAUGCAUAGCACAGAAAGAUUAUUUUAACAUACCCUGCACUCCUGCUAAAGUGCUUAGGCUAAAUGAUAAUUAUAGGCAGUCUUGAUGUAGAAUGAGAAAUGUUCAUUGUUCUCACAAGUAUGUAGGUCAAUGAUACUAAUAAAACAAAAACACCCAUUACCAGUUUGUGGGGGGAAAACAAACAAACAUUUUAUCAGAGUUUAAGCAGAAUAAAGAGAACAUAGUGGGUGCUUGGGUUAUAUUAAAUCAAACCCUCCAAAUAGACAUUCCCAAAACACAUGUAAAAAUAAAAAAUAAAACUCAGAUUAAACAAAACAUCCAUUUAAUGAUAUAUUGCUCAUAGUUGGUACCAUGUGAAAGUAUAAAGAGUACCCCCUACUCCGGAAAUUAAAAAAAUAGUAAAACUGUGGACAAUUCAACGUGUCAUCAAAAUUGCCCCAUUCCUCGUCAUUGUCCAAGUCAAACUGGAUGCCACCCAUGGAGUAUUCUUAAAUAAUACCAACUAUUCAGUUGAAAUGUUUGGUGAACACGAGCUUUAUAAUGUGUAUCUAAGGAUUGUAUGUACAGCUUCCCAUACUGAAAAAACCUUGUGCUCCUUGUGUUGGGAGGCUUCCAUCCAAUCCAGUUUAAAGACAUUGGCUAAUUUUGUUUGAUGUAGCACGAAAUCCAGGUAUGAAGAAUAGUUUUCCUGACAGCUGCUAAUUCCAUUUGAAUUAAUCUAUGGUAUUGACAAUAUUUUCUGUGUAAAACAAUGCACUUUCUGUUUAUUUACAGUUCUGCCAUCCUUUAUCAAAACACCCAGAGAUAUAACAAUGCGGACAGGUACCACUGCAAGACUGGAGUGUGCAGCAGAGGGAUAUCCUGUUCCUGAAAUAGCAUGGCAAAAAGAUGGAGGCACGGACUUCCCAGCAGCCCGAGAGCGACGUAUGCAUGUCAUGCCAGAUGAUGAUGUUUUCUUUAUUAUGGAGGUGAAGAGCGAGGAUAUGGGAGUUUAUAGCUGCACAGCCCAAAAUUCUGCUGGCUCAGUCUCUGCAAAUGCAACGCUAACAGUACUUGGUAAGACUAUCAUCCUUAAUAUAAAUCAUGUAAAAAGUAUAAAACUGCUUUAAAGGCCCACUAUAGGCACCCAAACCACUUCAGCUAAAUGAAGUGGUCUGGGUGCCAGGUCCAUCUUGGUUUAACCCUUUUUUCUAUAAACAUAGCAGUUUCAGAGAAAUUAUAUAUGUUUAUAAUAGGGUUAAUCCAGCCUCUAGUGGCUGUCUCAUUGACAGCCGCUAGAGGGCUUCCGUGCUUCUCACUGUGAUAUUCAGCGUCCAUAGGAAAGCAUUGUGAAUGCGCAUUCAGCCGAGGAGCCGAGGAGGAGGAGGAGAGCUCCCCGCCCGGCGCUGGAGAAAGAGGUAAGUUUAACCCCUUCCAACCCCUAGAGCCUGGCGGGAGGGGGGCCCUGAGGGUGGGGGCACCCUCAGGGCACUAUAGUGCCAGGAAGAAGAGUAUUUUUUUCCUGGCACUAUAGUGGUCCUUUAAAAGUUCUUUUCAUAUUAUCCCUGAACGUUAUUGGAAAUGUACAGUCCUUGUUAAGUGAAAUCUCACAAGAUGCUGCAGAGGCCAUAGGGUAAACAAGUCACAUCCCACCACCUUUUAUAGGCAGUAGUUGCAUCUUGCUUCACUUUAACCAUCCAGAAGGGUGUUGCAUUGUUAAAGGGAAACUAUAGUGCCAGGAAAACAAACUUGUUUUCCUAGCACUAUAGCUUCUCCCUCCCUUAUGUUCGUCUCCCAAUGGUGCAGAAGGGGUUAAAAACCACAUCUAUCAUAUCACUAACCUUAGGUCCCUCUUUGCUCCUCCUCCUCCUACCAAAAGCCGCCUAACAACCUGGAAGUCCCUCUAGUGGCUGUCUGGUAGAAAACUGCAAUAAUUACUAUUGCAGAGUUAAGGGACUUUGGACUGAAGUGGUCUGAGUACCUAUAGUGUUUCUUUAAUGUCUUCUGCAAGCAUAAAAUCCAUAUCUGAUGGACAAGUUUGUUUAUAUUGUUGCUAUCGCAUAUUUUAAUUGUACUAAGUUUGUACUUUAAUGUAAUUCAUGGUCAUUUAUUAAACCAUGAAUUGUUGGAAAUUUCAACCAUUUGACCAAUUUCUAAUUUUCAGCCAAAACAUCUAAAUAGUAAACUUAAUUGGAUAAUUAUUUAACUAAAACAUCCUUACAAAUCAUGGUUUAGUGAAGAACCCGUUAUUUGUGUUUUCUAAAUAAAGAAUAAAAAUCUUUAUAUUGUGUUUACAAAAUCACUAGCAAUGUAUAGGUCAUAGGCAACCUUUGGCACUCCAGAUGUUUUGGACUUUAAAAUCAUAUAUACUUGCAAAUUUGACUGAGCCUGUGUUUAUUUUUUUGCAGAAAUGCCCUUUCUGAUUCAUCCAAUAGAAGACCGUGUUGUGUUUCUAGGGGCUACCUUGGCACUACAAUGCAAAGCGAAUGGAAGCCCCCCUCCUCGAAUUACCUGGCUUAAAGGUGACGAGCCCUUGGUUUUGACAGAUAGACAUCAUUUCACACCUGGUAAUCAGUUGCUUGUCAUUCGAAACGUGGUAAAGGAAGAUGCUGGAAAAUACACCUGCGAGAUGUCCAACACGCUUGGGACAGAACGUGCCUACAGUCGGGUUAGCGUCUAUCCCACCACUGGCUGUGCUGCGGAACAAGGCAAAACAGAGGGAACUAUGACGUUUGGCAUUAUCACCAUUGCAGUUGUCUGCAGCAUUGUCCUAACAUCUCUGGUUUGGGUGUGCAUAAUCUAUCAGACCAGGAAGAAGAGAGAAGAGUAUAGCGUCACCAAUACAGGUAUUGUUAUACAAAAAGGAAAACAAAAAAAAACAAGCUAUACACCUAUUGGUUGGUGGUAGUAUGUAAAGUGUAUAAAAUUGCAGGCCGUUCUGGAAAUCUAGUUUCUUUGAACAAAUAUUACUAUAAAUACCCACAUAAAUUUAUGGUUAUUAAAUGGACUGCUGUUUAAGCACUAUUUUGCUCCAGUUGCAGGCACAUGCAUGAAAAUGAAUGUUGGCACCUGUUAUUUAAAGUGCACCUGCCAUUCAUAAAUGACAAGAAAGUGAUUUUUGAUACUACCUUAUUUACUCUAAGCUAAUGCACACCUCAAGUUUUGAAACAGGGAAGCUAAAACACAUGCAAUGCGAAUUUCACCCCCUGGUGAAUUCUGCCCCGGUGAAUUUUGGAUUUGGCCCUGUACAGUUUCAUUAUACCAUAGCCUGCUGAUUAUCCGUAAGAAAUGAAAGUGUGGUCACUACAGAGAUUACUACAAAUUCUUAGAAGGAACUCUGCAGAGACCAGCUAGCAAUGUUUUCAGAUUGGCCUCCUCUUAUGGUGCAUUGAAAUUUCCCCUCUCACACUCUAAUCUUGCACGCCAUUGAAUCUAUGGCACAUUCAAAUUUUGGAAGCUUUAUUUUGCUAAUAAAGAUGCGCAUUAGAUUCUAGUAAAUAUGGUAUUUUAUAUUUUUAUUCAGGAUACAUUUUCCAGCUUUUAUCUCUGUGCCAAGACAGAAUGCAUUGUUUUCUGAGAAUCACUGAUAUAUACAAGCUGUAUCUGAUUUUUUUUUUUUUUUUUUCUUUACAGAUGAAACAAUUGUACCCCCUGAUGUUCCAAGUUAUUUGUCAUCUCAAGGUAAGUUAUUUAGUUUCAAUAUAAUAUUGCGUUACUGUGUCACAAACCUAUUCCACAGCACUGUAUACUGGCAAGUAACUGUUCUACUGAUGCUAUAAUAAUGUUAUCUAAUGAAAACUGUAAUAUGUAGUGAACAAGUCUAUUUAUUGUUCUUGGUAAAAAUAAGCAUUGACAAAUAGAUUAUUUCUUAGUUGUAAAUAUUCAAAUCAUAUUCUCCCUACUAUUAAGGGUUAAAUUUAUAUCUGCUGUAAUUGCAAGUUUUGUAUUUGAAAUGUCAGUUUAUCCAACAUAUGCUAUAUGCACAAUAAAGCAGAGUGAUUUUAAAACAUACCGUUGUGUGUUAUCAAUUUUAUUUUCACACAACCUUCUAUACUCUUAUUAAAAAAGGACCAUUUCUAAAUUUCCCUUUAUUUCCUGCUCUGAUAAUUAUCUGCUAGAGCCUCCAGUGCAUGAAUAAAGGCCAAUUAACAGAGCAGGAUAAGAACUUCUAAAGUCAACACACUGUAAAACCUGUUUGAAAAUAAAACCAUAUUUGUUGUUAUGGAGGCUGUGUGAGUCACAGCCAGGGGAGGUGUGGCUAAGGUUGCAUAAAGAAAGUGAUUUAACUCCGGCAGAAAACUGAGCAGCGAGACUGCAGGGAGAACAAUCUAUACACCGAAACUGCUUCCGCAGGCUAAAAUUUUUUGGUGCUUGUAGUAUCCCUUUAAAUAUGCUUUAAUCACAUGCAAACCAGAUGUUUAGACCUCAUUGGCCAUUUGUGACCCUCUAGCUCCUGUAAUAAUACAAUUCAAUGUUUGUAAUAGGCCUAGUUUUCAUGGUAUGGCUGCCUUUUUAUUUCAGGAAUAUGCUCAAGUGAUGGAGCUGGGAAUCUGGAUGUUGAGGCUUGUAACGUGCCAUACCGGCAGCCAAGGAUCUGCAUAGGAUGCAACUCUGAAGGCUGUAAAACGGCAGAUGGUUUAUUCAGUACAGAUAAUACAGGUAACACAUGGUUUCCCUCUGAAAAAUAGGGGGUUAUUGCACACAUGGUGAAUCAGUAAGAGUGAUCAAUGCAAAAUCCUACUCAGGACAAAAAUAUAUGUAAUUAAUCAAAGACUCUUCAAUUGCACUACCUAGAUCUGAAAAAUGUGAGAAAGGCAUGCUUUUUUAGAAUGAUGUUUCUCUCUAAUGCAGCCCAUACCCAGAACAUCAAUGAGCUACACUAUCGUUUGUCAAUAGCUAUGGCAUAGUAGAGGUGAAAUGAUGUCUCUGAAAAUAUUUUUUUCUUUUCUUUUUGCCUCUGUUCCUCACAGGUUAUGGAUUCCAGAUUAAAUGCACAGACUGUUUAGAUGAUCAUACCCCAUAUGACAAGGAUUCAGACUACUGCCAGCAGGCAUUGGAAUCUUUAGACUAUUCAUAUCAUAAGCCACUAAGCAACCAUGAUGUAUAUGGGAAUAACGACACUUCCUGUCAUCAGAUUGCUGGGACCUUUGGCAAUCAUAAACAAAAUCACACAAGCCCAGCUUAUGCAAGCAGUCAUGAAGGAGUCACUUCUACCUUAACGUCCCCUUCAGUAGACCCUUCCAUAGAAGGUAAGUGCACCUAUAUUUGGUUCAUGUAUGGCUAUAGUUAUUGAGUAGAAGACCAAGGGAAUGAUAACCAUGGAAUCUCCACGAUGCUCAGCCAGCUUUUAGUAGAAGGAUAUUGACCUUCCUGACAAGUUUAAAACUACAAACACUGUAUGAUUUUUCUAAAAAAAAUUUUAAAGGGAUUUUUAUAGCGACAUAUUGAGAUUUCAUCUCCGCAAGUCAGUGUUGCAUACUGUCAGAUGAUUAAAAAUACAAGCUAACAUAAUAAAUAUCUCCCAUAGGUCCAUGCAGAGAGCCAUUAUUGAGGUCAACGCAUACAGAAGGGUUCCAUGAAGAACACCCAGUAUCUAAAAGUUUUCUACAACAAAUACCAGGCACCACAUCAGAGCCAGUAACCAAAGAAAUGGCCACACAAAGACUUCUAUCCAACGGACAUGUUACAUCUUUAAAUGACAAUAACCACCGGACCCCUAAUCAUCAUGUGAAUGCAAGUGAACUGCUCUCAGCAAAUUAAAGACACUUUUCUUUUUUGUGGUCACUGAAUCUGAAAGAAUCCCUCCUACCUCAAUCCCAAAACUGUUUAGGGAUAAAAUGAAAAACAAAAAAUAUAUAUAAAAUACUUUCUAAUAAAAGAGGUACACAUCAAACGACAUGGGAACGAGGCGACUUUGAAACAUUGCAACAAUGUUUACAUCAGGGCCGUUUUUCUAGAUCCAUGGGUGGCGAAUGACGGAUUGCACAGCCCUUGAGCUCAGAAAGGGUUUAGCUUCUCAGAGAAGUAUGGGUAGCUCAUAAAUGUAAUUUGCUUUUGCGGCACAAAAAAAAAAAAUGCAAGAGUUUGUGUAAGUAAAGAAAAAAUGUAUUUGAUACAUUGUACAUAAGAGUUUUCAUAAAAUAUAUGUAUAUAUAAAUAUGUAAAUAUAAAUAUAUAAAAUAGAUAUAACUAACUUUUACAGAGUUUAUUUUAAUCUUUAGUGCAUGAAUAACAGUUUGUUUUGUUUUUAAUACAGCUGUGAAAUGCUUGUUACUGUUUUUUAAAACCACAUUUAAAAAAAAAAAAUUGCUAAAUUAGUGCCUUAUUUUAUAGAAAAGAAGGAAAUCUGAUUAUUACGUUGGAAGGGAUGUUGAAUAACAGGCAACACACCUCUUACUUACAUUUUGCACCACAGCCAUCUCCCCUGGGGUUUAGAGCUGAGCUUCACAACCCAAUCCUUAUAGACCUCCAUUGGUCCAGAAUUUAGAGUCUACUCUAUUAGUUGAGAUAUUGAUAAAACAUAGAAUGGUGGAGUCAUUGAGGCAGGGUGAAAGAUCCAGCAUUCACUUGCACUCAGUUACCAGCUAUCUUGAACUGAGCCCUUCUUGUCAUACUGAGAUAUUAGUUAAUUGUUGUCUCCCUUCUUGGGUUCUGCUCUGAAAUACUUGGUGGCAUCCUUUGUCACUUGUAACAUGCUUACUUUAAGGACUAAGCUCUUUAUUUGGUUUGAAAUUAGUAACUCACAGGCACUUUGACGGAGCUCCUUUUUAGUUUUUAUUCACUAAACCUCAUAAAAGUAUGUUUAAAAUCCAUAAAACAUAAUUCAGGGAAGCCAUGAUAGCUUCCUCCCACUACUGACAAAAAAACUAUUUGUAGAACUUUGGGCAGCCUUGAAGCAUUAUAAACAAACUUGUAUAAUAAAACUAGAUUUAGUUAUAGAUCUAUCCAUAACACAAAAACAACAUAGUGAGCUUAGCACAAUGAAAGUCUAGAAGGACAUUGCUCAUUAUGUAUAUAUAUAUUUUUUUUAAUAAAGGCCAGAUUGGUUACAGUGUAGCCAAAGGAAAUAGUCUACUUCUCUUCCAAACUCAAUGGGGUGCAUUCCCAAACACUUGAGUGGGUCUGAGAUGCCAUAAUUUCCUGGGUUCUUAGGCAAAAUUUCCCCAUAACUACACUGUUUAAUUGACAGCACGUCAGUUGGUGAAUAGAGUGAUGUCUUUAAUUCUGUUCCUAUAUUCCUCUGGAAAAGUGAAUGACUUGUAGGAAUUAUCACAUCAACUACAAUGCAUGCUUUGUAAUUAUAGCGGAGGAUGGUAAAAAGACACUUGGAAGAGGGUUCUCCUGUGCUUGCCAUGCAUGCUAUGCCAAUGGUGAGCAAGUUUUUAUUGUCAUCACCAUGGAAACAAAAGUACUCUGCCGUGUUUUUAUUGGACAUUCCAUUCCACCUGUAAUCAUCCAUGGCCUCAUCCUUAGGAAGGCAGGAAAUGGGUGGUCCCAAGGAGGGACCUACUAAAGAGCACAGUAAAACAAGGAAUAGGUAGAUAUAACGACUGCCCUUAACCAGAGAUUAAUUCACUGUGAACGUCACAAAAAAAAUACAGAAUUUAACACAUCACUGCUAGUUAAUGUUGUAAUAAAUUAAACUGUAAAUGCUAACAUAAUAUAAAUAGUUAUAAAGAUGGAUAAGUGCAAUUACAGAUGUGAACAAAACCAGAUGAUUUGAGCUGAAGAAUACAGUAAGCUAUAUGCGGUGUAAAACAUUUCGACAUUGCAUAGAUUUCAAUAUUUUCUGCGCAUUUUCAGGCCCCUUGUUCUAUGCAAAGAUCUGGUUAACUGAAUAAUUCAAUUGGUUAUGGUUGCAAUUGUUAAAUUGAGCCAAACACUUUGAUUUCCAAAACAUAUAAUUAUUACAGUUUUUAGCCCAUUCAAGAUGACUGCUUAGGAAAUUAUCCCUGAUGACAAGUGAUGACAAGUUUUGUGUAUUGUCUUGUGAAGGAGUUACAUUGUGCUUUACUAUUAAUGUAUUACAUAAGUUUGUUUUUUCCCUAGAAUAAUAGCUAAAAUUGCAACUGAGAUUACAGCAGGAUUACCCAUAAAGUGACAUAAGUAAAUAGCCACCUACACCCAUUCAUCGUCCCUAUAUAAAAAAUAAAGAGGAAACAAAUCAUUAACCUGCCUAGAACCCUGUGAGAUCUUAAAGUGACACUAAGCUGAAGUUGUUCAGGUGACUAUAAUGAGGUUGUUCAGGUGAGAACUAUAGCUCCCUGCAGCCUUUCUCAUGUAAACACUAUUUUCUGAGAAAAUACAGUGUUUGAAUUCAAAGCUAGGAACACCUCCAGUUACAGUCACUCAGAGUAAACCAGAGGGACUUCUGAGUUGGUGGAGGCAUAUUAUGCCUCCAUCCACUCAGAUCUGCUGUCAGCAGAGCACAGGGCAGCACUGUGCACAGCAUCCUGUGAUUCAGUAUCUCCUCCCACUGCAUGCAGACACUGAACUUUCCUCAUAGAGAUUCAUUGAUUCAAUUCAUCUCUAUGAGGAGAUGCUGAUUGGCCAGGGCUGUGUUUAAAUCAUGCUGGCUCUGCCCCUGAUUUGCCUCUUUGUCAGUCUCAGCCAAUCCUAUGGGGAAGCACUGUGAUUAGAUCAGGCUACCACAUGUCAGCAGACUGCUUGUUUUUCUGAGUCUAACAGCAUGCAGAUUUACAGCUUCUGGCUUGAAUACAGUAAGAGUUUUACUAUAUUUAUGGAGGCAUGAGGGGCCCAGGGGGGCUAGAUGGUGGUUUUAACACUAUAGGUUCAGGAAUACAUGUUUGUAUUCCUGACCCUAUAGUGAUCCUUUAAUACUUCUCUGACUGUGAAUUUUAGUAAUGUAGAUACUCUAAGGUUUCGAAAGUGUUUUGGUUUUCUGAUCAGUCUAUCACUUGAGAAUUUUACUAAUUACACUUUAAACUGCGGAUUUUAUUGAGAACGUAUUUAAAUUGUGGAUCCCAUUCACACUUUAUUUGGCUUACUCAGUUGCUGCAGUUUUGGAAUAUUUCAUCUGACAUUUUUUCCAAUUAACUGGCUUAAGACUGGCACAAAUUUAAUGAUGAGUUUACCAUGAAAUUGCAAGACUGCUGUGACUUCUGCCCUGAGCAAAGCUGGACCUAUGUAGGUGCAUACAAAUAACUUACCAUGUGGAUCUUACUUACCAAUUUUCACAUUAUUAAAUAACUGAUGGGGCUUUGUUUUGUUGCUGUUGAAAUCCUAAGUAUAGGUAAACUCAAUAGUUCUGAUAGUGGAGAGGAUAUAAUCAGAGACUGAAAACUUCCUGCACUUUCAAGUAUGAUUAAGAGACGUUUAAAGAGUGUUGCUGUACUUGAAUUCAUUUUUGGAAAUCCAAGUUUUGUGGCUUCUUAAAAAGACAAUGCAGGCAGGAGGUGCCCCAUGCUUUUAUUAAAAAUAACAUUUGAGGAUCCAGUAUUUGUUGCAACUCCCCUCAGUGACCAUACUACUUAUUACCAACUUUCCUGGGUUUAGGCUACUCAGCAGCCAUCCCUGGUUAGCACUCUGGUGCUUCGCAUCUUGUGAAAGUAGGGACAUGUCCCCAGUCUGCAUAGUGCAAAUGUACAUUUUGAGGCAAAUUAGAAAUUAGGGUAAUGCUCAUGGGCUGGUCAGACAAGGCCCUUGUUGGGAGGUAUGUCUGGGAGUUGGAAUGGAACUAUCGGCUUGCUGUCGUAAAAAGCUAUCAUUACAUCAGAUCACUCAUUUUGGAGCAAAAAAGGGAAAUACUGCAGGUUAUUCAAAACGAAUCCCCCAGCCCCCCACCACUCCAAAAAAAAAAAAAACAUCCAGCACAGAAAUGUUACCUGACAUGUAUAGGUACGUUGUGCCUCUAACUUCUUCACUACCAAAAACAUAUAUACAUGUGUUUACUUUAAUUUGCUUUGCUAAACAAAAUGUAGUCUAUAAAGCCUCACUUGCCUUUGUUUAUACCCCAGGAAUGAUUAACAGCUUGUAGAAGAACCCAUUUCACUCAGUAUCUGCAAAUGGCCUAUAAAUGAUAGUUCCCUUUCAAACAGUUAAGGAUAACACAAUUCUUAAAGGACCACUAUAGGCACCCAGACCACUCCAGCUUAAUGAAGUGAUCUGGGUGCCAGGUCCAGCUAGGUUUAACCCUCUUUUCUAUAAACAUAGCAGUUUCAGAGAAACUGCUAUGUUUAUAAUAGGGUUAAUCCAGCCUCCUGUGGCUGUCUCAUUGACAGCCGCUAGAGGCGCUUCCGCCAGUGUCCAUAGGCAAGCAUUGUGAAUGCUUUCCUAUGGACUGGCUGAAUGUGGGCGCGGCUCCUGCCGCGCAUGCGCAUUCAGCCGAGGAGGCGGUGAGUCCCCGGCCCGGCGCUGGAGAAAGAGGUAAGUUUAACCCCUUUCACCUCCUAGAGCCUGGGGGACCCUGAGGGUGGGGGCACCCUUAGGGCACUAUCGUGCCAGGAAAACUAGUGUUUUCCUGGCACUAUAGUGGUCCAUUAAAGUCAGGGAGGAAGAAGGAGAGAAGGUGGUCUCUCGUGUCGCUAUUGGCAUUACAGAGUUUUAGGCAGAUUGCUAUAACACGUUUUAAGUAUUUGUAUUUUUACAAACAUGAUUUAACUGUAAGUGGGAAUUACGCUCAAAUUAAGACAUUCUUUUGCCAUUUUAGUAAACAAUAUUGCUAAUAAAUGCAUUCAGGGUCCUUUAAGCAGGAUAUUUAACACGUUUUGGGGCACCUACUGGGUGUGAGAAAUUGUUGGCUUUUUUUUCUGUCUAAAGCUUUUCAUUUCCCCAAUAGUUCUAUAAAGGAUGAACAAAUUAAUAAAAAUUGUGUACAUACACAAUUUUCAUUUGUAUUUGAACAGUAGUCUAUACACAAUUGCUGCCGUAUCAUAUAUGUAUGUGCUAGCACAUCAGGUAUCAAAUGUUCUAUUUUUGCAAACUGUUUGGUAGUAGAGAGGUUAAAGACCUCUCUCUACCAAUGGAAGACAAGUUUGAUAAUUCUGCACCUAAGCAUGCGUUUAUAUUGUAAGAACAAGUAUAUUUUUUAAGCUAAAUGCACAUUUGUCACAUUAAAGAUUAAAAGAAAAGUUUAUAUUUUUAGGUAGUAAUUGUUUUAUGCUAUUACUUCAACUUAGGAAAAAAAUGCUGCUUCUGAGAGGCAAUGUGAACAGGAAGUAUUACUUUAAUGUACAGUUAUUUAUUUAGAAUAAAAAUGUGGUACGGUAUUGUGCAUUUAAAACAAAAUUCUUCAAACUUUUGAAGUUUCUAACAAACUCCAUUCAUCUGUCUUUACUAAAACAUUUCUUAUAACAGCACCACUGUUUUAUCAUUUGAAGAUGUUAAAACUGUCAUUUUAAAAAUAAACUAAAACAGAGAAAAUGAACCUAGUCUGUCAGUUUGUUUCUAUUUCUAUCAUGCAUUGGAAACAAUCACAUGGAAAUUAUAUGAAAAGAAAUUAGACAAUGCAUUCAUUAAUGGAGAUUGCCAAUGGGAAUACACUAUGAUAUAGAUUUUAUUACAAU